ACGUCAGCGUCAGAGGGUUCGUUCGAUGUGACGUGUUGUCGGAGGCGUUGGCCGGUCAGUGUCCCUGCUGUCUGUCUGUUCGAGUUAAAGAAGCUGAGGCGGACAUCGAGACGACCUCUCAAAUCACCUCUUAUCACAAGAAGACAUUUUAACAUCUUAUUUUUAACUCUGCUAUCUCAAAAUUUUCCUAAACUUGGCGAUAUGAUCAAAAACGGACACCAUGCGACCGACGACCAGCGGGAGGAAGCCGGUUAUAGUAAGCCGGGAGGUGCAGCGUGCAGCCCGGAGAAGAGGAAGAGGGUCGUGCGGUUGUGGUGUGACGGCUGGUGAGUGUCCAUCACUGACACUGUCGGUGCUGCUUUAAAAAACAUCUCCUUACAGCCUGAAAUUCAACUCGCUCUCAUAUUAUGUAAUGCAAACUCGUAGUGGAGUAAGUGGCUAAUGCUAAUGCUAGCUCCUUACUUUAGCAGACUGUCACUUAGCAACAGGAGUUUGACCGAUCAUAACCACAUUUAUUACAUAGUUAAAUCACAUAUUACCGCUUCAAUUACAUGUUACUCUCUCUGAAAGACUAAUUUAGAGUUUGUACAUUUAUUGGCUGCCCUGCCCAAGUAAUUCAGGGGUUUUAAAGGCAGUAAAAGAGUCAGAUUAGAUGUGUAAUAAACCCUAAAUUAUGACAUUGUUUUUCUGAGUACUGAUUUUACUAUGACUUAAUGAUGUUACAGUACAUGUGCUGCUGUCAUAUGUACUCUGCUCAUCUUAUGUUCAGGGUUGAGGUGGGGACAGUGUCCAGUCUGAUUUUUGCAGACUGUAGGAAACUAAAUCCAGACUGUAGCAGUAAUACUAUGGUUAUUUAAAGGUGAUUAAGGACCAUAAUUAGAAAAGGCAUGCAGAUUUUUGUUGCACAAAAAAAGAAAAUAAAAAAGAAAAAGAAAUAGAAAUUGGAUAAUUGUGAAAAUGGUUGAAGGACAAAUAGUCUGAAUAUGCUCCAUAAAUUGAAAUUUUAUUUAUGCUUAAAGAGGCUGAAAAAAUGACUUAAAUUGUAGUAGUAUGAUGAGUAGUCAUAGUAGUGAUAUUAGUAGUCAUGUAAGCAGUAGAAGUAGUUUGAGAAUAGAAGAAGUAGAAGUGCAAGUAGUAGAGCUCAUGGUGGUAGUAGUAGCAGUAGAGAAAGUAGAAAUAGUAGCAAUAGUAGUUGAAGUAGAAGUCAAAGUACUAGUUUAAUUGUUUCAGCAGUAGUUGUAGUAGUAGAAGUGGGAUUUUUUUAAGGGAUUGAAUAAUGCAUGAAUAAAGGUUUUUUAAAGUUUUGAAGUAUCAGAAAGGUUUGAAUCAUUUUGAUUGAGUUUUUAUUUGUUUGAAGAAUUGAACAAUGCAUUACAACUGAGUGAUUUUGGUACAGACUAUAUACAUGACAAAAUCCACUCAUGCAGUGUAGACAGAGCAAUGAAAAUAAAAAUUUGAUACAAGAAUAGGAAAGGAGAUAAAUAUUAAGGUAGGAUCCUACCACAUAUUGAGGUAGGAUUCACAUAGCAGCAGUUGUAAUAUAUUGCACUAUAUUGACCUCUGAAACUUUUGGAGGAAAUAUGAGCAGAUUUUAAAAAUGCAGAUCUAUAAAUUAGGUUGUAAUUGUCACAAACUUGGCCUGACAGCCAAAUCUCUUCCUGGAAACAUUGUGACCCUGAGGUAAUGGAGCUGUGACUGAGAAAACAAUUGAGUGGAAACAUGCUGUUCAUUCUUCUGUCAUGGUACUCUGGACUCACUGACUGCAGAGGGCGGCGACCAGUAGCUGAUAGCUGGUUUGGCAUUACCCAUCUCAUGUGAUGGUUAAAAAUAACCAACAAAGUUCACAUGUUGUCCAGUAUGAUGCAAAAGCAGCAUGUUAGUGUAGUGGACAGACGGUUUCCUCUUUUUAGGGACUUUGGUAAAAGACAGGUGCAUUAUUCACAAAUUGGGUAUUUUUAAAAAUGAUUUUGGACCUUUAAAUGGUUCCUCCAUACAAUCAAUUUUUAGAGAGCUAGUUCAUGUGACAGUAAUAACAUAAUCCCAUUGUGAAUCUGCAGGAGUAUCACCCUUCUCUUGUCCUGAAAUUAUUAACUCACUUGAACGUUAAAUGAUUUAAUGGCAAAUCUUUUUGUCCGUGUAUUUCCUAAUUUAAAAGACUGUUAAGAACUGUAAGCAAAGUGUUCGGCUGAUCCUGUCCAGAUUAAAGUGAAGGAUGUAGGAGGAUUAUGGAUGAGAGAGUCACACCUACAGCUUGCAGUAAUUCAAUUACUGAGGAGAGGUCUGAACAUAAGUACAGAGCCAGAUGAGGUCUCACUGUUGAGGUGAUCUAUACUGUAAUUAUGAUUACCAUUAUGCUACACAGCCCUCUAUUUCUGGUCUCUAAAGGUCUAACAAGUGUAGCUCUACCUGAUUUAAAUCCUUGAAUAAACAGAGAAAACAAUGUACUGUAUCAAUGUUAUGCUGACGACACUCAGAUUUAUAUUAAUGCAAAAACAAAUAACCUGAAAUAUUGUCCUCCUUUCUUGGUUGUGUCUUUUAAAUUUACCCAGACAAAAACCGAAAUACUAUCAACAGAACCAGACGGCAUUACUGGGUCUUUUGAAAAGCUUAGUGACCUGUUACAACCAAACAUGGAACCCAUCUCUUAAAAAUCCAGAAAAUGACUGUUAAAUACCAUGUUGUGAAGGUUGUUCGCUCCUGUUUCCUGAUGAUUUGCAAAAAUUUGACCAACUGUCAGUUUUCUGGAUCUUGACUAUUCAUGAACAAGGAAAGUCCUCUGCGCUGAAGUCUUCUGAGUGGUCAGAAUAAAGAUCGUUGUUGUUGAUAGUAGUUGGAUAUUGCAUGAUGGAUAUUUAGUCUUUAUAGUGUAUAAGGCAGCUCCUUUGUGCUAAACAGUUAAUGCUCUACUACUCAGUGUUUUUCUGUUUAGUUUGAAUUGGACUGUUCAUACCUGUUUUUUUAGUAGGAAUUUAGAAACAGGAACAGAGCAGUGAACUCAAGUUCAUUUCAUCAAAUCUUGAGCAAACUUUCCUGGAAUUGAUCAUAAUCUGUUCAAAGAGCUGGAGAAAAGAAGUUUUCAUAGGAACAGUAUCACCAGCCCUACCAGGAAUAUUAUUAGGGCCCGAGCGUAGCUGCUAAGCAGCUGCGAGAGCCCUCUUGUUCCUGUAGUUUCCUUCUUAGGGCCCGAGCCAGCUGCAGAGCAGCCGGGCGUAGGCCCUAUUAUUCCCCAAGUGGUUUUUAGGGCCCGAGCGUAGCUGCUAAGCAGCUGCGAGAGCCCUAUUAUUCCCCAAGUGGUUUUUCUUUGUUUCUUUUUAGGGCCCGAGCGUAGCUGCUAAGCAGCUGCGAGAGCCCUAUUAUUCCUGAUGGAUUCUUCUUUCUUCUUCUUCUUCUUAUUAUUUUUCUGCCCCUUUGAACUGGAAAAUGGCCCACUUCCCACUGGUGAAAAGUCAUGAAAUUUGGCAGGACGACCGGGCCUGGUGAAAAAUUCGAUAUUCUGAAGUCGCCCAAAAAAUCAAAUGCAAAAUGGCUCCAUAGCGCCCCCUAAGGUGAAAAAUUCACAUGAUUGAGUGUCACGCCUGUACGCUUUGUCAAAAUGACACAAAAUUUGACACACACGUGUAUCUCAAUAAGAUCUACAAAAAAGUCAGUGCGGGCGUAUCUGUCAAAUGUACGGUUAAAGGGCUAUUUCGCAUUUUUUGCCGAUCCGCACACAUUGGAAUUUCGCUAACUCCUCCGAAGGCUUUCGUUCCACCGGCACCAAAUUUGCUCAGGCCAAUCUACACCCCAUGGCCAUUAAAAGUUGUACAAAUCAUGACGCUGCAUCCCACGGUUUACGUUCUAGGGGGCGCCAAAGAUAACCCAGAAAUCCACAUUCUUAAAAGUCGUAUAACUUUUUAUUUUUGUCCUCACUGGCCUCCAAGUUUUCUAGGAUGAUGCAAUGUCCAGCCAUCAACACAUUUGUGAAGGAAUUUUUACUCCCCAAAAGAGCGCCCCCCCAUGGCAGGAGAAAAAAGUCCAUUUUUUCUUGUCCCCUAAGGUGAAAAUACAUAUUGAGAUUCACGCCUAUACGCUUUGUCAUAUUGACACAAAAAUUGACACACACAUGUAUCUCAAUAAGAUCUACAAAAAAGUCAGUGCGGGCGUAUCUGUCAAAUGUACGGUGAAAGGGCUAUUUCGCAUUUUUUGCCGAUCCGCACACAUUGGAAUUUCGCUAACUCCUCCGAAGGCUUUCGUUCCAAAGGCACCACAUUUGCUGAGGCCAAUCUACACCCCAUGGCCAUUAAAAGUUGUACAAAUCAUGACGCUGCACCCCACGGUUUACGUUCUAGGGGGCGCCAAAGAUAACCCAAAAAUCCACAGUCUUAAAAGUCUUAUAACUUUUUAUUUUUGUCCUCACUGGCCUCCAAGUUCUCUAGGAUGAUGCAAUGUCCAGCCAUCAACACAUUUGUGAAGGAAUUUUUACUCGCCAAAAGAGCGCCAACCCCAUGGCAGGAGAAAAAAGUCAAUUUUUUCUUGUCUCCUAAGGCGAAAAUACACAUUGUUGACUGUCACGCCUUUACACUUUGUCAAAAUGACACAAAAUUUGACACACACAUGUAUCUCAAUAAGAUCUACAAAAAAGUCAGUGCGGGCGUAUCUGUCAAAUGUACGGUUAAAGGGUUAUUUCGCAUUUUUUGCCGAUCCGCACACAUUGGAAUUUCGCUAACUCCUCCUAAAUCUUUUGUCCCAUCGGCUUCAAAUUUGCUCAGGUCAAUCUACACCCCAUGGCCAUUCAAAGUUGUACAAAUCAUGACGCUGCACCCCACAGUUUACGUUCUAGGGGGCGCCAAAGAGGACCCAAAUAUCCACAUUUUUAAAAGUCUUAUAACUUUUUAUUUUUGUCCUCACUGGCCUCCAAGUUUUCUAGGAUGAUGCAAUGUCCAGCCAUCAACACAUUUGUGAAGGAAUUUUUCUCCCCAAAAGAGCGCCCCCCAUGGCAGGAGAAAAAGUCAAGUUUUUCCUGCCCAUCGCUCAAUGGCUCAAACGCAUCGCUCUCUCUGCAAAACCGAAAGGAGGAGCAACUUGCCAUUUGGAUAUAUACUAGCUGUGUUUGUGCCCUCACUCAUGGUCCAGACUUUUUUCAAAUAGGACAUGUAGUUUGUCUGCAGCGAGCGUUUUGGUAGAAACUGCGCCUCCCAUUCAUCAUAAUGGGAAAUGACCACAGACAAGUGCGCACACCAUCUUUGGACCUUGAGUGUGACGCGAUCGGGAGGGGGAGGCGGUCGCGCUGGGGGCGGCGCGACGCGGCUCGGGCCCGACAGUGCCCCACCGGGGCCCUAGUUAGGGCCCGAGCCAGCUGCAGAGCAGCCGGGCGUAGGCCCUGUUAUUCCUGUAGGGGUUUUUCUUUGUUUCUUUCUUAGGGCCCGAGCGUAGCUGCUAAGCAGCUGCGAGAGCCCUCUUGUUCCUGUAGUUUCCUUCUUUUGUUAUUAUUAUUAUUAUUAUUAUUUUUCCUCCCCUUUGAACUGGAAAAUGGCCCACUUCCCACUGGCAAAAACUCAUGAAAUUUGGCAGGACGACCGGGCCUGGUGAAAAAUUUGAUAUUCCGAAGUCGCCCAAACAAGAAAAUGCAAAAUGGCUCCAUAGCGCCCCCUAAGGUGAAAAUUCACACUAUUCACUGUCACGCCUGUACGCUUUGUCAAAAUGACACAAAAAUUGACACACACAUGUAUCUCAAUAAGAUCUACAAAAAAGUCAGUGCGGGCGUAUCUGUCAAAUGUACGGUUAAAGGGUUAUUUUGCAUUUUUUGCCGAUCCGCACACAUUGGAAUUUCGCUAACUCCUCCGAAGGCUUUCGUUCCACCGGCACCACAUUUGCUCAGGCCAAUCUACACCCCAUGGCCAUUAAAAGUUAUUCAAAUCAUGACGCUGCACCCCACGGUUUAGGUUCUAGGGGGCGCCAAAGAUAACCGUAAAAUCCACAUAUUUAAAAGUCUUAUAACUUUUUAUUUUUGUCCCCACUGGCCUCCAAGUUUUCUAGGAUGAUGCAAUGUCCAGCCAUCAACACAUUUGUGAAGGAAUUUUUACUCCCCAAAAGAGCGCCCCCCCAUGGCAGGAGAAAAAAGUCCAUUUUUUCUUGUCCACUAAGGUGAAAAUACACAUUGUUGAGUGCUACGCCUGUAUGUUUUGUCGUAUUGACACAAAAUUUUACAUACACGUGUAUUUCAAUAAGAUCUUCGAAAAAGUCAAUGGCCACGUAUCUGUAAAAUGUACGGUUAAAGGGUUAUUUUGCAUUUUUUGCAGAUUCGCACACAUUGGAAUUUCGCUAACUCCUCCGAAGGCUUUUGUUCCACCGGCACCACAUUUGCUCAGGCCAAUCUACACCCCAUGGCCAUUAAAAGUUAUUCAAAUCAUGACGCUGCACCCCACGGUUUAGGUUCUAGGGGGCGCCAAAGAUAACCCUAAAAUCCACAUAUUUAAAAGUCUUAUAACUUUUUAUUUUUGUCCUCACUGGCCUCCAUGUUUUCUAGGAUGAUGCAAUGUCCAGCCAUCAACACAUUUGUGAAGGAAUUUUUACUCGCCAAAAGAGCGCCCCCCCAUGGCAGGAGAAUAAAGUCAAGUUUUUCCUGUUCAUCAUUCAAUGGCUCAAACGCACUGCUCUCUCGGCAAAAGCGAAAGGAGGAGCAACUUGCCAUUUGGAUAUAUCUUAGCUGUGUUUGUGCCCUCACUCAUGGUCCAGACUUUUUUCAAAUAGGACAUGGAGUUUUUCUGCAGCGAGCGCUUUGGUAGAAACUGCGCCUCCCGUUCAUUAUAAUGGUAAAUGACCACAAACAAGUGCGCACACCAUCUUUGGACCUUGAGUGUGACGCGAUCGGGUGGGGGAGGCGGUCGCGCUGGGGGCGGCGUGACACGGCUCGGGCCCGCCAGUGCCCCAACGGGGCCCUAGUUUCUUCUUUUUCCUCCCCUUUGAACUGGAAAAUGGCCCACUUCCCACUGGCGAAAACUCAGGAAAUUUGGCAGGACGACCGGGCCUGGUGAAAAAUUUGAUAUUCCGAAGUCGCCCAAACAAAAAAAUGCAAAAUGGCUCCAUAGCGCCCCCUAAGGUGAAAAUUCACACUAUUGACUGUCACGCCUGUACGCUUUGUCAAAAUGACACAAAAAUUGACACACACAUGUAUCUCAAUAAGAUCUACAAAAAAGUCAGUGCGGGCGUAUCUGUCAAAUGUACGGUUAAAGGGUUAUUUCGCAUUUUUUGCCGAUCCGCACACAUUGGAAUUUCGCUAACUCCUCCGAAGGCUUUCGUUCCACCGGCACCACAUUUGCUCAGGCCAAUCUACACCCCAUGGCCAUUAAAAGUUAUUCAAAUCAUGACGCUGCACCCCACGGUUUAGGUUCUAGGGGGCGCCAAAGAUAACCCUAAAAUCCACAUUUUUAAAAGUCUUAUAACUUUUUAUUUUUGCCCUCACUGGCCUCCAAGUUUUCUAGGAUGAUGCAAUGUCCAGCCAUCAACACAUUUGUGAAGGAAUUUUUACUCCCCAAAAGAGCGCCCCCCAUGGCAGGAGAAAAAAGUCCAUUUUUUCUUGUCCCCUAAGGUGAAAAUACACAUUGUUGAGUGUCACGCCUGUACGCUUUGUCAAAAUGACACAAAAAUUGACACACACAUGUAUCUCAAUAAGAUCUACAAAAAAGUCCAUGCGCGCGUAUCUGUCUAAUGUACGGUUAAAGGGUUAUUCCGCAUUUUUUGCCGAUUCGCACACAUUGGAAUUUCGCUAACUCCUCCGAAGGCUUUCGUUCCACCGGCACCACAUUUGCUCAGGCCAAAUUACACCCCAUGGCCAUUAAAAGUUAUUCAAAUCAUGACGCUGCACCCCACGGUUUACGUUCUAGGGGGCGCCAAAGAUAACCCAAAAAUCCACAUUUUUAAAAGUCUUAUAACUUUUUAUUUUUGUCCUCACUGGCCUCCAAGUUUUCUAGGAUGAUGCAAUGUCCAGCCAUCAACACAUUUGUGAAGGAAUUUUUACUCCCCAAAAGAGCGCCCCCCCAUGGCAGGAGAAAAAAGUCAAUUUUUUCUUGUCCCCUAAGGUGAAAAUACACAUUGUUGACUGUCACGCCUGUACGCUUUGGCAAAAUGACACAAAAAUUGACAAUCAUGUGUAUCUCAAUUAGAUCUACGAAAAAGUCAAAGAGCGCGUAUCUGUAUAAUGUACGGUAAAAGGGCUAUUUUGCAUUUUUUGCCGAUUCACACACAUUGGAAUUUCGCUAACUCCUCCUAAGGCUUUCGUCCCACUGACACCAAAUUUGCUCAGGCCAAUCUACACUCCAUGGCCAUUCAAAGUUGUAAAAAUCAUGACGCUGCACCCCACGGUUUACGUUUUAGGGGGCGCCAAAGAUGACCCAAAUAUACAUUACAGUAGACAAAGUAGUUUUGCCCACUGAGUGGCGCCAAAGGGACUUGUCUGUGGAGUCUGUGAGUCACUAUUGGCCGUUUUUGACUACUUUAGAUUUUACCUUUAUAUUUCCUCUUACAAAAUUUUUACCUUGCCUUGCCUGGUAUCAUUUUUUUCAGCACAACCUCACCUGUGUCAAUUUACAGUUAUUUUAUCAUUUUGACAUACUAUAUUUACACAUUGGACCCAAAUUCACACACAAAACAUAAAAUCCGAGUGGAAAAAAGUAACGUUUUUACUGUGAAAACCACAAAUAUGUGUGAUGAACUGUUUUUAAAACUUAAACUUCAAUUAAAAAUUGUAAACUUCAAAACAUAUGCAAAUUUUUAACAAAGAACAUAGUAAUUUACCUCUAUUGACAUCAAAAUGCAGGCAAUGGCCCAGGUGUUCUUUGUAAAAUUAUUUACAAAACACUGUAUAGUCUCACAAAUGUCACUUUUUAUUUAUGCCACUACAAAAAAACAUGAUGUAAAUGAUGCAUGAUGUAAAACAUGAUGUAAAAAACUUGUGUAGAUCCUCCUCUAUGUUAGUCCAUGUGUAAUUUUUCCAUAAUUCUUUGUUUUUUGCAGCAUUUUUGUUAGUGUAACUGCAGAUUGUGCUGACAGUGUCUAUGGCAAAAAAAAAAAAAAAAAACUGAAAAUGCCUCAACAUGAACCCCUGGUGGUCUCUGAGGGUGAAACCUGCUAACUGCUGCAGCUCUGUCAGCUUCAGUCUCCCAUGCAGAGCUCGGAGCGCAUGUGUGGCUCUGCACCCUUAGCAGCGUUGCUAACUCCUCAGUAAGGAAAGCCUGCUUCAUGUCAGAGUCUCUAAACUCCAGAAGAAGUCGAUAAAAGUCACUUUCUUUCUAAAAAAAAGUCGUUAGGGGGUCUGAAAAGUCAUUGAAUCUAACAACAAAGUCGCUAGGUUUGCAACUACGUGUCCCAGACUGCAUCCCUGCUGAGAGUCCCUCCCUCCCUUCUCAUAUUGCAGGAAGAACGUAAGUUCCCGCCCCUUGUCAAUCAGUCACCAUAUAAUUUUGGAUUGGUUGUUGUGGUGAAGUUUUCCACCAAUAGGAGAGAUGUUGUGGUGUGUGUUUUUUUUUUCCUUUGGCAAGCCUUUUCCGCCUGUAAGACCUGUCGCUAAUGUCUGCAUGCUAUGUUUUCCUGUCUCAUACAGCGCGAUCGAGCGCCGAACGUGAUCAAAAUAAGCAGAAAACAAGUAUCGUGGACAUAAUUUAUCAUAACUCUGGUUUUAUUUGGCCUAUCAACACAAUUUAAAAACUGGUAUAUAGGUUGAGGUCCUCACUUUUGAGAUAAAUUGAAACGGAGAGUCAACGAGGCUCCGUCUUGCAGCUACAUCCGGUUAAAUAUGUCAUGUGACUUGAACGCACACACACACACACACACACACACACACACACAAAGACACACACACACACGCACACACACACACUCAGAGUCUGGUUUUUAGCACCUGCAAAAACAUGCUAUUUACAUAUUUGACAAGAAUGCAGAGGCUCCUUUUGCCCCUGAAAAAAAUCAAAUUUCAAACACAACUUGACUGCUCAUUUCUCCAAAAGACAACCAUGAAGCUCCAUCCAAACCUGAAGCAGGCAGUUGGUGCAUGUGUACAGUAACCUGAGGGGAGUGAGGUGACUGCUUCUGAGGAGAACAUGAGCAGUGAAGAUUCACCUUAGAGCUAGAACAGAGACGUGCACAUGAUUAUACAGGGGCAGGGGCUCAAGUUUUUUCCAGUUGUUUAUACAAUAUGGAAAUUAAUGUGAAAUUAAAAAACAAAGUAUUAAUAGAAAGGUAAUGACUGUCCUGAGUAGGUGACAGUGAUAUCCAAUAGGCUAGGCACUCAAGAGGCUGGCUGUGGCAAGUGUAAGUGAAAGCAACACGCACUGGCAGGAAGAACAGCAAACGCCGAUGAAGGAAAAGGGUCUUUGCAGUGAUGGGCGUAACCAGAGAGGGUGAUGGCCAGAGGACACAAAUGGGACGGGGAGGCAGCGCGUUGGGGGGGGGGACGCGACACAGCUCGGGCCCGCCAGUGCCCCAACGGGGUCCUAGUUAGGGCCCGAGCGUAGCUGCUAAGCAGCUGCGAGAGCCCUAUUAUUCCCCAAGUGGUUUUUCUUUGUUUCUUUUUUCUUUUUCCUCCCCUUUGAACUGGAAAAUGGCCCACUUCCCACUGGCGAAAACUCAUGAAAUUUGGCAGGACGACCGGGCCUGGUGAAAAAUUUGAUAUUCCGAAGUCGCCCAAACAAGAAAAUGCAAAAUGGCUCCAUAGCGCCCCCUAAGGUGAAAAUUCACACUAUUGACUGUCACGCCUGUACGCUUUGUCAAAAUGACACAAAAAUUGACACACACAUGUAUCUCAAUAAGAUCUACAAAAAAGUCAGUGCGGCCGUAUCUGUCAAAUGUACGGUUAAAGGGUUAUUUCGCAUUUUUUGCCGAUCCGCACACAUUGGAAUUUCGCUAACUCCUCCGAAGGCUUUCGUUCCACCGGCACCACAUUUGCUCAGGCCAAUCUACACCCCAUGGCCAUUAAAAGUUAUUCAAAUCAUGACGCUGCACCCCACGGUUUAGGUUCUAGGGGGCGCCAAAGAUAACCCUAAAAUCCACAUAUUUAAAAGUCUUAUAACUUUUUAUUUUUGCCCUCACUGGCCUCCAAGUUUUCUAGGAUGAUGCAAUGUCCAGCCAUCAACACAUUUGUGAAGGAAUUUUUACUCCCCAAAAGAGCGCCCCCCCAUGGAAGGAGAAAAAAGUCCAUUUUUUCUUGUCCCCUAAGGUGAAAAUACACAUUGUUGAGUGUCACGCCUGUACGCUUUGUCAAAAUGACACAAAAAUUGACACACACAUGUAUCUCAAUAAGAUCUACAAAAAAGUCCAUGCGCGCGUAUCUGUCAAAUGUACGGUUAAAGGGUUAUUCCGCAUUUUUUGCCGAUUCGCACACAUUGGAAUUUCGCUAACUCCUCCGAAGGCUUUCGUUCCACCGGCACCAUGUUUGGUCAGGCCAAUCUACACCCCAUGGCCAUUAAAAGUUAUUCAAAUCAUGACGCUGCACCCCACGGUUUACGUUCUAGGGGGCGCCAAAGAUAACCCAAAAAUCCACAUUUUUAAAAGUCUUAUAACUUUUUAUUUUUGUCCUCACUGGCCUCCAAGUUUUCUAGGAUGAUGCAAUGUCCAGCCAUCAACACAUUUGUGAAGGAAUUUUUACUCCCUAAAAGAGCGCCCCCCCAUGGCAGGAGAAAAAAGUCCAUUUUUUCUUGUCCCCUAAGGUGAAAAUACACAUUGUUGACUGUCACGCCUGUACGCUUUGGCAAAAUGACACAAAAAUUGACAAUCAUGUGUAUCUCAAUUAGAUCUACGAAAAAGUCAAAGAGCGCGUAUCUGUAUAAUGUACGGUAAAAGGGCUAUUUUGCAUUUUUUGCCGAUUCGCACACAUUGGAAUUUCGCUAACUCCUCCUAAGGCUUUCGUCCCACUGACACCAAAUUUGCUCAGGCCAAUCUACACUCCAUGGCCAUUCAAAGUUGUAAAAAUCAUGACGCUGCACCCCACGGUUUACGUUUUAGGGGGCGCCAAAGAUGACCCAAAUAUACAUUACAGUAGACAAAGUAGUUUUGCCCACUGAGUGGCGCCAAAGGUACUUGUCUGUGGAGUCUGUGAGUCACUAUUGGCCGUUUUUGACUACUUUAGAUUUUACCUUUAUAUUUCCUCUUACAAAAUUUUUACCUUGCCUUGCCUGGUAUCAUUUUUUUCAGCACAACCUCACCUGUGUCAAUUUACAGUUAUUUUAUCAUUUUGACAUACUAUAUUUACACAUUGGACCCAAAUUCACACACAAAACAUAAAAUCCGAGUGGAAAAAAGUAACGUUUUUACUGUGAAAACCACAAAUAUGUGUGAUGAACUGUUUUUAAAACUUAAACUUCAAAUAAAAAUUGUAAACUUCAAAACAUAUGCAAAUUUUUAACAAAGAACAUAGUAAUUUACCUCUAUUUACAUAAAAAUGCAGGCAAUGGCCCAGGUGUUCUUUGUAAAAUUAUUUACAAAACACUGUAUAGUCUCACAAAUGUCACUUUUUAUUUAUGCCACUACAAAAAAACAUGAUGUAAAUGAUGCAUGAUGUAAAACAUGAUGUAAAAAACUUGUGUAGAUCCUCCUCUAUGUUAGUCCAUGUGUAAUUUUUCCAUAAUUCUUUGUUUUUUGCAGCAUUUUUGUUAGUGUAACUGCAGAUUGUGCUGACAGUGUCUAUGGCAAAAAAAAAAAAAAAAAACUGAAAAUGCCUCAACAUGAACCCCUGGUGGUCUCUGAGGGUGAAACCUGCUAACUGCUGCAGCUCUGUCAGCUUCAGUCUCCCAUGCAGAGCUCGGAGCGCAUGUGUGGCUCUGCACCCUUAGCAGCGUUGCUAACUCCUCAGUAAGGAAAGCCUGCUUCAUGUCAGAGUCUCUAAACUCCAGAAGAAGUCGAUAAAAGUCCCUUUCUUUCUAAAAAAAAGUCGUUAGGGGGUCUGAAAAGUCAUUGAAUCUAACAACAAAGUCGCUAGGUUUGCAACUACGUGUCCCAGACUGCAUCCCUGCUGAGAGUCCCUCCCUCCCUUCUCAUAUUGCAGGAAGAACGUAAGCGCCCGCCCCUUGUCAAUCAGUCACCAUAUAAUUUUGGAUUGGUUGUUGUGGUGAAGUUUUCCACCAAUAGGAGAGAUGUUGUGGUGUGUUUUUUUUUUCCUUUGGCAAGCCUUUUCCGCCUGUAAGACCUGUCGCUAAUGUCUGCAUGCUAUGUUUUCCUGUCUCAUACAGCGCGAUCGAGCGCCGAACGUGAUCAAAAUAAGCAGAAAAAAAGUAUCGCGGACAUAAUUUAUCAUAACUCUGGUUUUAUUUGGCCUAUCAACACAAUUUAAAAACUGGUAUAUAGGUUGAGGUCCUCACUUUUGAGAUAAGUUGAAACGGAGUCAACGAGGCUCCGUCUUGCAGCUACAUCCGGUUAAAUAUGUCAUGUGACUUGAACGCACACACACACACACACACACACACACACAACACACGCACACACACACACUCAGAGUCUGGUUUUUAGCACCUGCAAAAACAUGCUAUUUACAUAUAUGACAAGAAUGCAGAGGCUCCUUUUGCCCCUGAAAAAAAUCAAAUUUCAAACACAACUUGACUGGUCAUUUCUCCAAAAGACAACCAUGAAGCUCCAUCCAAACCUGAAGCAGGCAGUUGGUGCAUGUGUACAGUAACCUGAGGGGAGUGAGGUGAGUGCUUCUGAGGAGAACAUGAGCAGUGAAGAUUCACCUUACAGCUAGAACAGAGACGUGCACAUGAUUAUACAGGGGCAGGGGCUCAAGUUUUUUCCAGUUGUUUAUACAAUAUGGAAAUUAAUGUGAAAUUAAAAAACAAAGUAUUAAUAGAAAGGUAAUGACUGUCCUGAGUAGGUGACAGUGAUAUCCAAUAGGCUAGGCACUCAAGAGGCUGGCUGUGGCAAGUGUAAGUGAAAGCAACACGCACUGGCAGGAAGAACAGCAAACGCCGAUGAAGGAAAAGGGUCUUUGCAGUGAUGGGCGUUACCAGAGAGGGCGAUGGCCAGAGGACACAAAUGGGACGGGGAGGCAGCGCGUUGGGGGGGGGACGCGACACAGCUCGGGCCCGCCAGUGCCCCAACGGGGUCCUAGUUAGGGCCCGAGCGUAGCUGCUAAGCAGCUGCGAGAGCCCUAUUAUUCCCCAAGUGGUUUUUCUUUGUUUCUUUUUUCUUUUUCCUCCCCUUUGAACUGGAAAAUGGCCCACUUCCCACUGGCGAAAACUCAUGAAAUUUGGCAGGACGACCGGGCCUGGUGAAAAAUUUGAUAUUCCGAAGUCGCCCAAACAAGAAAAUGCAAAAUGGCUCCAUAGCGCCCCCUAAGGUGAAAAUUCACACUAUUGACUGUCACGCCUGUACGCUUUGUCAAAAUGACACAAAAAUUGACACACACAUGUAUCUCAAUAAGAUCUACAAAAAAGUCAGUGCGGGCGUAUCUGUCAAAUGUACGGUUAAAGGGUUAUUUCGCAUUUUUUGCCGAUCCGCACACAUUGGAAUUUCGCUAACUCCUCCGAAGGCUUUCGUUCCACCGGCACCACAUUUGCUCAGGCCAAUCUACACCCCAUGGCCAUUAAAAGUUAUUCAAAUCAUGACGCUGCACCCCACGGUUUAGUUUCUAGGGGGCGCCAAAGAUAACCCUAAAAUCCACAUAUUUAAAAGUCUUAUAACUUUUUAUUUUUGCCCUCACUGGCCUCCAAGUUUUCUAGGAUGAUGCAAUGUCCAGCCAUCAACACAUUUGUGAAGGAAUUUUUACUCCCCAAAAGAGCGCCCCCCCAUGGCAGGAGAAAAAAGUCCAUUUUUUCUUGUCCCCUAAGGUGAAAAUACACAUUGUUGAGUGUCACGCCUGUACGCUUUGUCAAAAUGACACAAAAAUUGACACACACAUGUAUCUCAAUAAGAUCUACAAAAAAGUCCAUGAGCGCAUAUCUGUCAAAUGUACGGUUAAAGGGUUAUUCCGCAUUUUUUGCCGAUUCGCACACAUUGGAAUUUCGCUAACUCCUCCGAAGGCUUUCGUUCCACCGGCACCACAUUUGCUCAGGCCAAAUUACACCCCAUGGCCAUUAAAAGUUAUUCAAAUCAUGACGCUGCACCCCACGGUUUACGUUCUAGGGGGCGCCAAAGAUAACCCAAAAAUCCACAUUUUUAAAAGUCUUAUAACUUUUUAUUUUUGUCCUCACUGGCCUCCAAGUUUUCUAGGAUGAUGCAAUGUCCAGCCAUCAACACAUUUGUGAAGGAAUUUUUACUCCCUAAAAGAGCGCCCCCACAUGGCAGGAGGAAAAAGUCCAUUUUUUCUUGUCCCCUAAGGUGAAAAUACACAUUGUUGACUGUCACGCCUGUACGCUUUGGCAAAAUGACACAAAAAUUGACAAUCAUGUGUAUCUCAAUUAGAUCUACGAAAAAGUCAAAGAGCGCGUAUCUGUAUAAUGUACGGUAAAAGGGCUAUUUUGCAUUUUUUGCCGAUUCGCACACAUUGGAAUUUCGCUAACUCCUCCUAAGGCUUUCGUCCCACUGACACCAAAUUUGCUCAGGCCAAUCUACACUCCAUGGCCAUUCAAAGUUGUAAAAAUCAUGACGCUGCACCCCACGGUUUACGUUCUAGGGUGCGCCAAAGAUGACCCAAAUAUACAUUACAGUAGACAAAGUAGUUUUGCCCACUGAGUGGCGCCAAAGGGACUUGUCUGUGGAGUCUGUGAGUCACUAUUGGCCGUUUUUGACUACUUUAGAUUUUACCUUUAUAUUUCCUCUUACAAAAUUUUUACCUUGCCUUGCCUGGUAUCAUUUUUUUCAGCACAACCUCACCUGUGUCAAUUUACAGUUAUUUUAUCAUUUUGACAUACUAUAUUUACACAUUGGACCCAAAUUCACACACAAAACAUAAAAUCCGAGUGGAAAAAAAGUAACGUUUUUACUGUGAAAACCACAAAUAUGUGUGAUGAACUGUUUUUAAAACUUUAACUUCAAAUAAAAAUUGUAAACUUCAAAACAUAUGCAAAUUUUUAACAAAGAACAUAGUAAUUUACCUCUAUUUACAUCAAAAUGCAGGCAAUGGCCCAGGUGUUCUUUGUAAAAUUAUUUACAAAACACUGUAUAGUCUCACAAAUGUCACUUUUUAUUUAUGCCACUACAAAAAAACAUGAUGUAAAUGAUGCAUGAUGUAAAACACGAUGUAAAAAACUUGUGUAGAUCCUCCUCUAUGUUAGUCCAUGUGUAAUUUUUCCAUAAUUCUUUGUUUUUUGCAGCAUUUUUGUUAGUGUAACUGCAGAUUGUGCUGACAGUGUCUAUGGCAAAAAAAAAAAAAAAAAAACUGAAAAUGCCUCAACAUGAACCCCUGGUGGUCUCUGAGGGUGAAACCUGCUAACUGCUGCAGCUCUGUCAGCUUCAGUCUCCCAUGCAGAGCUCUGAGCGCAUGUGUGGCUCUGCACCCUUAGCAGCGUUGCUAACUCCUCAGUAAGGAAAGCCUGCUUCAUGUCAGAGUCUCUAAACUCCAGAAGAAGUCGAUAAAAGUCCCUUUCUUUCUAAAAAAAAAGUCGUUAGGGGGUCUGAAAAGUCAUUGAAUCUAACAACAAAGUCGCUAGGUUUGCAACUACGUGUCCCAGACUGCAUCCCUGCUGAGAGUCCCUCCCUCCCUUCUCAUAUUGCAGGAAGAACGUAAGCGUCCGCCCCUUGUCAAUCAGUCACCAUAUAAUUUGGGAUUGGUUGUUGUGGUGAAGUUUUCCACCAAUAGGAGAGAUGUUGUGGUGUGUUUUUUUUUUCCUUUGGCAAGCCUUUUCCGCCUGUAAGAGCUGUCGCUAAUGUCUGCAUGCUAUGUUUUCCUGUCUCAUACAGCGCGAUCGAGCGCCGAACGUGAUCAAAAUAAGCAGAAAACAAGUAUCGCGGACAUAAUUUAUCAUAACUCUGGUUUUAUUUGGCCUAUCAACACAAUUUAAAAACUGGUAUAUAGGUUGAGGUCCUCACUUUUGAGAUAAGUUGAAACGGAGAGUCAACGAGGCUCCGUCUUGCAGCUACAUCCGGUUAAAUAUGUCAUGUGACUUGAACGCACACACACACACACACACACACACACAGACACACACACACACACGCACACACACACACUCAGAGUCUGGUUUUUAGCACCUGCAAAAACAUGCUAUUUACAUAUUUGACAAGAAUGCAGAGGCUCCUAUUGCCCCUGAAAAAAAUCUAAUUUCAAACACAACUUGACUGGUCAUUUCUCCAAAAGACAACCAUGAAGCUCCAUCCAAACCUGAAGCAGGCAGUUGGUGCAUGUGUACAGUAACCUGAGGGGAGUGAGGUGAGUGCUUCUGAGGAGAACAUGAGCAGUGAAGAUUCACCUUAGAGCUAGAACAGAGACGUGCACAUGAUUAUACAGGGGCAGGGGCUCAAGUUUUUUCCAGUUGUUUAUACAAUAUGGAAAUUAAUGUGAAAUUAAAAAACAAAGUAUUAAUAGAAAGGUAAUGACUGUCCUGUGUAGGUGACAGUGAUAUCCAAUAGGCUAGGCACUCACGAGGCUGGCUGUGGCAAGUGUAAGUGAAAGCAACACGCACUGGCAGGAAGAACAGCAAACGCCGAUGAAGGAAAAGGGUCUUUGCAGUGAUGGGCGUUACCAGAGAGGGCGAUGGCCAGAGGACACAAAUGGGACGGGGAGGCAGCGCGUUGGGGGGGGGACGCGACACAGCUCGGGCCCGCCAGUGCCCCAACGGGGUCCUAGUUUCUUUUUCCUCCCCUUUGAACUGGAAAAUGGCCCACUUCCCACUGGCGAAAACUCAUGAAAUUUGGCAGGACGACCGGGCCUGGUGAAAAAUUUGAUAUUCCGAAGUCGCCCAAACAAGAAAAUGCAAAAUGGCUCCAUAGCGCCCCCUAAGGUGAAAAUUCACACUAUUGACUGUCACGCCUGUACGCUUUGUCAAAAUGACACAAAAAUUGACACACACAUGUAUCUCAAUAAGAUCUACAAAAAAGUCAGUGCGGGCGUAUCUGUCAAAUGUACGGUUAAAGGGUUAUUUCGCAUUUUUUGCCGAUCCGCACACAUUGGAAUUUCGCUAACUCCUCCGAAGGCUUUCGUUCCACCGCCACCACAUUUGCUCAGGCCAAUCUACACCCCAUGGCCAUUAAAAGUUAUUCAAAUCAUGACGCUGCACCCCACGGUUUAGGUUCUAGGGGGCGCCAAAGAUAACCCUAAAAUCCACAUAUUUAAAAGUCUUAUAACUUUUUAUUUUUGCCCUCACUGGCCUCCAAGUUUUCUAGGAUGAUGCAAUGUCCAGCCAUCAACACAUUUGUGAAGGAAUUUUUACUCCCCAAAAGAGCGCCCCCCCAUGGCAGGAGAAAAAAGUCCAUUUUUUCUUGUCCCCUAAGGUGAAAAUUCACACUAUUGACUGUCACGCCUGUACGCUUUGUCAAAAUGACACAAAAAUUGACACACACAUGUAUCUCAAUAAGAUCUACAAAAAAGUCCAUGGCGCGUAUCUGUCUAAUGUACGGUUAAAGGGUUAUUUCGCAUUUUUUGCCGAUCCGCACACAUUGGAAUUUCGCUAACUCCUCCGAAGGCUUUCGUUCCACCGGCACCACAUUUGCUCAGGCCAAUCUACACCCCAUGGCCAUUAAAAGUUAUUCAAAUCAUGACGCUGCACCCCACGGUUUACGUUCUAGGGGGCGCCAAAGAUAACCCAAAAAUCCACAUUUUUAAAAGUCUUAUAACUUUUUAUUUUUGUCCUCACUGGCCUCCAAGUUUUCUAGGAUGAUGCAAUGUCCAGCCAUCAACACAUUUGUGAAGGAAUUUUUACUCCCUAAAAGAGCGCCCCCCCAUGGCAGGAGAAAAAAGUCCAUUUUUUCUUGUCCCCUAAGGUGAAAAUACACAUUGUUGACUGUCACGCCUGUACGCUUUGGCCAAAUGACACAAAAAUUGACAAUCAUGUGUAUCUCAAUUAGAUCUACGAAAAAGUCAAAGAGCGCGUAUCUGUAUAAUGUACGGUAAAAGGGCUAUUUUGCAUUUUUUGCCGAUUCGCACACAUUGGAAUUUCGCUAACUCCUCCUAAGGCUUUCGUCCCACUGACACCAAAUUUGCUCAGGCCAAUCUACACUCCAUGGCCAUUCAAAGUUGUAAAAAUCAUGACGCUGCACCCCACGGUUUACGUUCUAGGGGGCGCCAAAGAUGACCCAAAUAUACAUUACAGUAGACAAAGUAGUUUUGCCCACUGAGUGGCGCCAAAGGGACUUGUCUGUGGAGUCUGUGAGUCACUAUUGGCCGUUUUUGACUACUUUAGAUUUUACCUUUAUAUUUCCUCUUACAAAAUUUUUACCUUGCCUUGCCUGGUAUCAUUUUUUUCAGCACAACCUCACCUGUGUCAAUUUACAGUUAUUUUAUCAUUUUGACAUACUAUAUUUACACAUUGGACCCAAAUUCACACACAAAACAUAAAAUCCGAGUGGAAAAAAGUAACGUUUUUACUGUGAAAACCACAAAUAUGUGUGAUGAACUGUUUUUAAAACUUAAACUUCAAAUAAAAAUUGUAAACUUCAAAACAUAUGCAAAUUUUUAACAAAGAACAUAGUAAUUUACCUCUAUUGACAUCAAAAUGCAGGCAAUGGCCCAGGUGUUCUUUGUAAAAUUAUUUACAAAACACUGUAUAGUCUCACAAAUGUCACUUUUUAUUUAUGCCACUACAAAAAAACAUGAUGUAAAUGAUGCAUGAUGUAAAACAUGAUGUAAAAAACUUGUGUAGAUCCUCCUCUAUGUUAGUCCAUGUUUAAUUUUUCCAUAAUUCUUUGUUUUUUGCAGCAUUUUUGUUAGUGUAACUGCAGAUUUUGCUGACAGUGUCUAUGGCAAAAAAAAAAAAAAAAAACUGAAAAUGCCUCAACAUGAACCCCUGGUGGUCUCUGAGGGUGAAACCUGCUAACUGCUGCAGCUCUGUCAGCUUCAGUCUCCCAUGCAGAGCUCGGAGCGCAUGUGUGGCUCUGCACCCUUAGCAGCAUUGCUAACUCCUCAGUAAGGAAAGCCUGCUUCAUGUCAGAGUCUCUAAACUCCAGAAGAAGUCGAUAAAAGUCCCUUUCUUUCUAAAAAAAAGUCGUUAGGGGGUCUGAAAAGUCAUUGAAUCUAACAACAAAGUCGCUAGGUUUGCAACUACGUGUCCCAGACUGCAUCCCUGCUGAGAGUCCCUCCCUCCCUUCUCAUAUUGCAGGAAGAACGUAAGUUCCCGCCCCUUGUCAAUCAGUCACCAUAUAAUUUUGGAUUGGUUGUUGUGGUGAAGUUUUCCACCAAUAGGAGAGAUGUUGUGGUGUGUAUUUUUUUUCCUUUGGCAAGCCUUUUCCGCCUGUAAGACCUGUCGCUAAUGUCUGCAUGCUAUGUUUUCCUGUCUCAUACAGCGCGAUCGAGCGCCGAACGUGAUCAAAAUAAGCAGAAAACAAGUAUCGCGGACAUAAUUUAUCAUAACUCUGGUUUUAUUUGGCCUAUCAACACAAUUUAAAAACUGGUAUAUAGGUUGAGGUCCUCACUUUUGAGAUAAAUUGAAACGGAGAGUCAACGAGGCUCCGUCUUGCAGCUACAUCCGGUUAAAUAUGUCAUGUGACUUGAACGCACACACACACACACACACACACACAGACACACACACACACGCACACACACACACUCAGAGUCUGGUUUGUAGCACCUGCAAAAACAUGCUAUUUACAUAUUUGACAAGAAUGCAGAGGCUCCUUUUGCCCCUGAAAAAAAUCAAAUUUCAAACACAACUUGACUGGUCAUUUCUCCAAAAGACAACCAUGAAGCUCCAUCCAUGUGAAAUUAAAAAACAAAGUAUUAAUAGAAAGGUAAUGACUGUCCUGUGUAGGUGACAGUGAUAUCCAAUAGGCUAGGCACUCACGAGGCUGGCUGUGGCAAGUGUAAGUGAAAGCAACACGCACUGGCAGGAAGAACAGCAAACGCCGAUGAAGGAAAAGGGUCUUUGCAGUGAUGGGCGUUACCAAAGAGGGCGAUGGCCAGAGGACACAAAUGGGACGGGGAGGCAGCGCGUUGGGGGGGGGACGUGACACAGCUCGGGCCCGCCAGUGCCCCAACGGGGUCCUAGUUCUUUGUUUCUUUCUUUCUUUUUUAGGGCCCGAGCGUAGCUGCUAAGCAGCUGCGAGAGCCCUCUUGUUCCUGUAGUUUCCUUCUUUAGGGCCCGAGCGUAGCUGCUAAGCAGCUGCGAGAGCCCUCUUGUUCCUGUAGUUUCCUUCUUUUGUUAUUAUUAUUAUUAUUAUUUUUCCUCCCCUUUGAACUGGAAAAUGGCCCACUUCCCACUGGCGAAAACUCAUGAAAUUUGGCAGGACGACCGGGCCUGGUGAAAAAUUUGAUAUUCCGAAGUCGCCCAAACAAGAAAAUGCAAAAUGGCUCCAUAGCGCCCCCUAAGGUGAAAAUUCACACUAUUCACUGUCACGCCUGUACGCUUUGUCAAAAUGACACAAAAAUUGACACACACAUGUAUCUCAAUAAGAUCUACAAAAAAGUCAGUGUGGGCGUAUCUGUCAAAUGUACGGUUAAAGGGUUAUUUCGCAUUUUUUGCCGAUCCGCACACAUUGGAAUUUCGCUAACUCCUCCGAAGGCUUUCGUUCCACCGGCACCACAUUUGCUCAGGCCAAUCUACACCCCAUGGCCAUUAAAAGUUAUUCAAAUCAUGACGCUGCACCCCACGGUUUAAGUUCUAGGGGGCGCCAAAGAUAACCCUAAGAUCCACAUAUUUAAAAGUCUUAUAACUUUUUAUUUUUGCCCUCACUGGCCUCCAAGUUUUCUAGGAUGAUGCAAUGUCCAGCCAUCAACACAUUUGUGAGGAAUUUUUACUCCCCAAAAGAGCGCCCCCCCAUGGCAGGAGAAAAAAGUCCAUUUUUUCUUGUCCCCUAAGGUGAAAAUACACAUUGUUGAGUGUAACACCUGUACGCUUUGGCAAAAUGACACAAAAAUUGACACACACAUGUAUCUCAAUAAGAUCUACGAAAAAGUCAAUGCGCGCGUAUCUGUCAAAUGUACGGUUAAAGGGUUAUUCCGCAUUUUUUGCCGAUCCGCACACAUUGGAAUUUCGCUAACUCCUCCGAAGGCUUUCGUUCCACCGGCACCACAUUUGCUCAGGCCAAUCUACACCCCAUGGCCAUUAAAAGUUAUUCAAAUCAUGACGCUGCACCCCACGGUUUAGGUUCUAGGGGGAGCCAAAGAUAACCGUAAAAUCCACAUAUUUAAAAGUCUUAUAACUUUUUAUUUUUGUCCCCACUGGCCUCCAAGUUUUCUAGGAUGAUUCAAUGUCCAGCCAUCAACACAUUUGUGAAGGAAUUUUUACUCGGCAAAAGAGCGCCCCCCCCAUGGCAGGAGAAAAAAGUCAAUUUUUUCUUGUCCACUAAGGUGAAAAUACACAUUGUUGAGUGCUACGCCUGUAUGUUUUGUCGUAUUGACACAAAAUUUUACAUACACGUGUAUUUCAAUAAGAUCUUCGAAAAAGUCAAUGGCCACGUAUCUGUAAAAUGUACGGUUAAAGGGUUAUUUCGCAUUUUUUGCAGAUUCGCACACAUUGGAAUUUCGCUUAUUCCUCCGAAGGCUUUCGUUCCACCGGCACCACAUUUGCUCAGGCCAAUCUACACCCCAUGGCCAUUAAAAGUUAUUCAAAUCAUGACGCUGCACCCCACGGUUUAGGUUCUAGGGGGCGCCAAAUAUAACCCUAAAAUCCACAUAUUUAAAAGUCUUAUAACUUUUUAUUUUUGUCCUCACUGGCCUCCAUGUUUUCUAGGAUGAUGCAAUGUCCAGCCAUCAACACAUUUGUGAAGGAGUUUUUUCUCUUUAAAAGAGCGCCCCCCCAUGGCAGGAGAAUAAAGUCAAGUUUUUCCUGUUCAUCAUUCAAUGGCUCAAACGCACUGCUCUCUCGGCAAAAGCGAAAGGAGGAGCAACUUGCCAUUUGGAUAUAUCUUAGCUGUGUUUGUGCCCUCACUCAUGGUCCAGACUUUUUUCAAAUAGGACAUGGAGUUUUUCUGCAGCGAGCGUUUUGGUAGAAACUGCGCCUCCCGUUCAUUAUAAUGGUAAAUGACCACAAACAAGUGCGCACACCAUCUUUGGACCUUGAGUGUGACGCGAUCGGGUGGGGGAGGCGGUCGCGCUGGGGGCGGCGUGACACGGCUCGGGCCCGCCAGUGCCCCAACGGGGCCCUAGUUUGUUAUUAUUAUUUUUCCUCCCCUUUGAACUGGAAAAUGGCCCACUUCCCACUGGCGAAAACUCAUGAAAUUUGGCAGGACGACCGGGCCUGGUGAAAAAUUUGAUAUUCCGAAGUCGCCCAAACAAGAAAAUGCAAAAUGGCUCCAUAGCGCCCCCUAAGGUGAAAAUUCACACUAUUGACUGUCACGCCUGUACGCUUUGUCAAAAUGACACAAAAAUUGACACACACAUGUAUCUCAAUAAGAUCUACAAAAAAGUCAGUGCGGGCGUAUCUGUCAAAUGUACGGUUAAAGGGUUAUUUCGCAUUUUUUGCCGAUCCGCACACAUUGGAAUUUCGCUAACUCCUCCGAAGGCUUUCGUUCCACCGGCACCACAUUUGCUCAGGCCAAUCUACACCCCAUGGCCAUUAAAAGUUAUUCAAAUCAUGACGCUGCACCCCACGGUUUAGGUUCUAGGGGGCGCCAAAGAUAACCCUAAGAUCCACAUAUUUAAAAGUCUUAUAACUUUUUAUUUUUGCCCUCACUGGCCUCCAAGUUUUCUAGGAUGAUGCAAUGUCCAGCCAUCAACACAUUUGUGAAGGAAUUUUUACUCCCCAAAAGAGCGCCCCCCAUGGCAGGAGAAAAAAGUCCAUUUUUUCUUGUCCCCUAAGGUGAAAAUACACAUUGUUGAGUGUAACACCUGUACGCUUUGGCAAAAUGACACAAAAAUUGACACACACAUGUAUCUCAAUAAGAUCUACGAAAAAGUCAAUGCGCGCGUAUCUGUCAAAUGUACGGUUAAAGGGUUAUUCCGCAUUUUUUUCCGAUCCGCACACAUUGGAAUUUCGCUAACUCCUCCGAAGGCUUUCGUUCCACCGGCACCACAUUUGCUCAGGCCAAUCUACACCCCAUGGCCAUUAAAAGUUAUUCAAAUCAUGAUGCUGCACCCCAUGGUUUAGGUUCUAGGGGGCGCCAAAAAUAACCCAAAAAUCCACAUUCUUAAAUGUUUUAUAACUUUUUAUUUUUGUCCUCACUGGCCUCCAAGUUUUCUAGGAUGAUGCAAUGUCCAGCCAUCAACACAUUUGUGAAGGAAUUUUUACUCCCCAAAAGAGCGCCCCCCAUGGUAGGAGAAAAAAGUCAAUUUUUUCUUGUCCCCUUACAUAAAAAUACACAUUGUUGAGUGUCACGCCUGAACGCUUUGUCAAAAUGACACAAAAAUUGACAAUCAUGUGUAUCUCAAUUAGAUCUACGAAAAAGUCAAAGAGCGCGUAUCUGUAUAAUGUACGGUUAAAGGGCUAUUUUGCAUUUUUUGCCGAUUCGCACACAUUGGAAUGUGGCUAUCUCCUCCUAAGGCUUUCGUCCCACCGAUACCAAAUUUGCUCAGGGCAAUCUACACCCCAUGCCCAUUCAAAGUUGUAAAAAUCAUGACGCUGCACCCCACGGUUUACGUUCUAGGGGGCGCCAAAGAUGACCCAAAAAUCCACAUUCUUAAAAGUCAUUUUGGCCACUGCAGGAGUACAGAGUACUGCAGUUCUAGGGGGCGCCAAAGAUGACCCAAAAAUCCACAUUCUUAAAAGUCUUUUUGGCCACUGCAGGAGUACAGAGUACUGCAGGAUACACACACAUAUACACACACGCCAACAUACACACACACACACACACACACACACACACACAGACACACACACACACUCAGAGUCUGUUUUUUAGCACCUGCAAAAACAUGCUAUUUACAUAUUUGACAAGAAUGCAGAGGCUUCCUUUUGCCCCUGAAAAAAAAUCAAAUUUCAAACACAACUUGACUGUUCAUUUCUCCAAAAGACAACCAUGAAGCUCCAUUUCAAACCUGAAGCAGAUAGUUGGUGCAUGUGUACAGUAACCUGAGGGGAGUGAGGUGACUAUUUCUGAGGAGAACAUGAGCAGUGAAGAUUCACCUUGGAGCUAGAACAGGGACGUGCACAUGAUUAUACAGGGGCAGGGGCUCAAGUUUUUUCCAGUCAUUUAUACAAUAUGGAAAUUAAUGUGAAAUUAAACCACAAAUAUGUGUGAUGAACUGUUUUUAAAACUUAAACUUCAAAUAAAAAUUGUAAACUUCAAAACAUAUGCAAAUUUUUAACAAAGAACAUAGUAAUUUACCUCUAUUUACAUCAAAAUGCAGGCAAUGGCCCAGGCGUUCUUUGUAAAAUUAUUUACAAAACACUGUAUAGUCUCACAAAUGUCACUUUUUAUUUAUGCCACUACAAAAAAACAUGAUGUAAAUGAUGCAUGAUGUAAAACAUGAUGUAAAAAACUUGUGUAGAUCCUCCUCUAUGUCAGUCCAUGUGUAAUUUUUCCAUAAUUCUUUGUUUUUUGCAGCAUUUUUGUUAGUGUAACUGCAGAUUGUGCUGACAGUGUCUAUGGCACAAAAAAAAAAAAAAAUUAAAAUGCCUCAACAUGAACCCCUGGUGGUCUCUGAGGGUGAAACCUGCUAACUGCUGCAGCUCUGUCAGCUUCAGUCUCCCAUGCAGAGCUCUGAGCGCAUGUGUGGCUCUGCACCCUUAGCAGCGUUGCUAACUCCUCAGUAAGGAAAGCCUGCUUCAUGUCAGAGUCUCUAAACUCCAGAAGAAGUCGAUAAAAGUCCCUUUCUUUCUAAAAAAAAGUCGUUAGGGGGUCUGAAAAGUCAUUGAAUCUAACAACAAAGUCGCUAGGUUUGCAACUACGUGUCCCAGACUGCAUCCCUGCUGAGAGUCCCUCCCUCCCUUCUCAUGUUGCAGGAAGAACGUAAGCGCCCGCCCCUUGUCAAUCAGUCACCAUAUAAUUUUGGAUUGGUUGUUGUGGUGAAGUUUUCCACCAAUAGGAGAGAUGUUGUGGUGUGUUUUUUUUUUCUUUUGGCAAGCCUUUUCCGCCUGUAAGACCUGUCGCUAAUGUCUGCAUGCUAUGUUUUCCUGUCUCAUACAGCGCGAUCGAGCGCCGAACGUGAUCAAAAUAAGCAGAAAAAAAGUAUCGCGGACAUAAUUUAUCAUAACUCUGGUUUUAUUUGGCCUAUCAACACAAUUUAAAAACUGGUAUAUAGGUUGAGGUCCUCACUUUUGAGAUAAGUUGAAACGGAGAGUCAACGAGGCUCCGUCUUGCAGCUACAUCCGGUUAAAUAUGUCAUGUGACUUGAACGCACACACAGACACACACACACGCACACACACACACACACACACACACACACACUCAGAGUCUGGUUUUUAGCACCUGCAAAAACAUGCUAUUUACAUAUUUGACAAGAAUGCAGAGGCUCCUUUUGCCCCUGAAAAAAAUCAAAUUUCAAACACAACUUGACUGGUCAUUUCUCCAAAAGACAACCAUGAAGCUCCAUCCAAACCUGAAGCAGGCAGUUGGUGCAUGUGUACAGUAACCUGAGGGGAGUGAGGUGAGUGCUUCUGAGGAGAACAUGAGCAGUGAAGAUUCACCUUGGAGCUAGAACAGAGACAUGCACAUGAUUAUACAGGGGCAGGGGCUCAAGUUUUUUCCAGUCGUUUAUACAAUAUGGAAAUUAAUGUGAAAUUAAAACACAAAGUAUUAAUAGAAAGGUAAUGACUGUCCUGUGUAGGUGACAGUGAUAUCCAAUAGGCUAGGCACUCACGAGGCUGGCUGUGGCAAGUGUAAGUGAAAGCAACACGCACUGGCAGGAAGAACAGCAAACGCCGAUGAAGGAAAAGGGUCUUUGCAGUGAUGGGCGUUACCAGAGAGGGCGAUGGCCAGAGGACACAAAUGGGACGGGGAGGCAGCACGUUGGGGGGGGGGGACGCGACACGGCUCGGGCCCGCCAGUGCCCCAACGGGGUCCUAGUUUUUCUUUUUCCUCCCCUUUGAACUGGAAAAUGGCCCACUUCCCACUGGCGAAAACUCAUGAAAUUUGGCAGGACGACCGGGCCUGGUGAAAAAUUUGAUAUUCUGAAGUCGCCCAAACAAUAAAAUGCAAAAUGGCUCCAUAGCGCCCCCUAAGGUAGAAAUUCACACUAUUGACUGUCACGCCUGUACGCUUUGUCAUAUUGACACAAAAAUUGACACACAUAUGUAUCUCAAUAAGAUCUACAAAAAAGUCAGUGCGGCCGUAUCUGUCAAAUGUACAGUUAAAGGGUUAUUUUGCAUUUUUUUCCGAUCCGCACACAUUGGAAUUUCGCUAACUCCUCCGAAGGCUUUCGUUCCACCGGCACCAAAUUUGCUCAGGCCAAUCUACACCCCGUGGCCAUUAAAAGUUAUCAAAAUCAUGACGCUGCACCCCAAGGUUUAGGUUCUAGGGGGCGCCAAAAAUAACCCAAAAAUCCACAUUCUUAAAUGUUUUAUAACUUUUUAUUUUUGUCCUCACUGGCCUCCAAGUUUUCUAGGAUGAUGCAAUGUCCAGCCAUCAACACAUUUGUGAAGGAAUUUUUACUCCCCAAAAGAGCGCCCCCCCAUGGUAGGAGAAAAAAGUCAAUUUUUUCUUGUCCCCUUACAUGAAAAUACACAUUGUUGAGUGUCACGCCUGAACGCUUUGUCAUAUUGACACAAAAAUUGACAAUCAUGUGUAUCUCAAUUAGAUCUACGAAAAAGUCAAAGAGCGCGUAUCUGUAUAAUGUACGGUUAAAGGGCUAUUUUGCAUUUUUUGCCGAUUCGCACACAUUGGAAUGUGGCUAUCUCCUCCUAAGGCUUUCGUCCCACCGAUACCAAAUUUGCUCAGGGCAAUCUACACCCCAUGGCCAUUCAAAGUUGUAAAAAUCAUGACGCUGCACCCCACGGUUUACGUUCUAGGGGGCGCCAAAGAUGACCCAAAAAUCCACAUUCUUAAAAGUCAUUUUGGCCACUGCAGGAGUACAGAGUACUGCAGUUCUAGGGGGCGCCAAAGAUGACCCAAAAAUCCACAUUCUUAAAAGUCUUUUUGGCCACUGCAGGAGUACAGAGUACUGCAGGAUACACACACAUAUACACACACGCCAACAUACACACACACACACACACACACACACACACACACACACACACACACACACACACACACACUCAGAGUCUGUUUUUUAGCACCUGCAAAAACAUGCUGUUUACAUAUUUGACAAGAAUGCAGAGGCUUCCUUUUGCCCCUGAAAAAAAUCAAAUUUCAAACACAACUUGACUGUUCAUUUCUCCAAAAGACAACCAUGAAGCUCCAUUUCAAACCUGAAGCAGAUAGUUGGUGCAUGUGUACAGUAACCUGAGGGGAGUGAGGUGACUAUUUCUGAGGAGAACAUGAGCAGUGAAGAUUCACCUUGGAGCUAGAACAGGGACGUGCACAUGAUUAUACAGGGGCAGGGGCUCAAGUUUUUUCCAGUCAUUUAUACAAUAUGGAAAUUAAUGUGAAAUUAAACCACAAAUAUGUGUGAUGAACUGUUUUUAAAACUUAAACUUCAAAUAAAAAUUGUAAACUUCAAAACAUAUGCAAAUUUUUAACAAAGAACAUAGUGAUUUACCUCUAUUUACAUCAAAAUGCAGGCAAUGGCCCAGGCGUUCUUUGUAAAAUUAUUUACAAAACACUGUAUAGUCUCACAAAUGUCACUUUUUAUUUAUGCCACUACAAAAAAACAUGAUGUAAAUGAUGCAUGAUAUAAAACAUGAUGUAAAAAACUUGUGUAGAUCCUCCUCUAUGUCAGUCCAUGUGUAAUUUUUCCAUAAUUCUUUGUUUUUUGCAGCAUUUUUGUUAGUGUAACUGCAGAUUGUGCUGACAGUGUCUAUGGCACAAAAAAAAAAAAAAUUUAAAAUGCCUCAACAUGAACCCCUGGUGGUCUCUGAGGGUGAAACCUGCUAACUGCUGCAGCUCUGUCAGCUUCAGUCUCCCAUGCAGAGCUCUGAGCGCAUGUGUGGCUCUGCACCCUUAGCAGCGUUGCUAACUCCUCAGUAAGGAAAGCCUGCUUCAUGUCAGAGUCUCUAAACUCCAGAAGAAGUCGAUAAAAGUCCCUUUCUUUCUAAAAAAAAGUCGUUAGGGGGUCUGAAAAGUCAUUGAAUCUAACAACAAAGUCGCUAGGUUUGCAACUACGUGUCCCAGACUGCAUCCCUGCUGAGAGUCCCUCCCUCCCUUCUCAUAUUGCAGGAAGAACGUAAGUUCCCGCCCCUUGUCAAUCAGUCACCAUAUAAUUUUGGAUUGGUUGUUGUGGUGAAGUUUUCCACCAAUAGGAGAGAUGUUGUGGUGUGUUUUUUUUUUCUUUUGGCAAGCCUUUUCCGCCUGUAAGACCUGUCGCUAAUGUCUGCAUGCUAUGUUUUCCUGUCACAUACAGCGCGAUCGAGCGCCGAGCGUGAUCAAAAUAAGCAGAAAAAAAGUAUCGCGGACAUAAUUUAUCAUAACUCUGGUUUUAUUUGGCCUAUCAACACAAUUUAAAAACUGGUAUAUAGGUUGAGGUCCUCAGUUUUGAGAUAAGUUGAAACGGAGAGUCAACAAGGCUCCGUCUUGCAGCUACAUCCGGUUAAAUAUGUCAUGUGACUUGAACGCACACACAGACACACACACGCACACACACACACACACACACACACACACACUCAGAGUCUGGUUUUUAGCACCUGCAAAAACAUGCUAUUUACAUAUUUGACAAGAAUGCAGAGGCUCCUUUUGCCCCUGAAAAAAAUCAAAUUUCAAACACAACUUGACUGCUCAUUUCUCCAAAAGACAACCAUGAAGCUCCAUCCAAACCUGAAGCAGGCAGUUGGUGCAUGUGUACAGUAACCUGAGGGGAGUGAGGUGAGUGCUUCUGAGGAGAACAUGAGCAGUGAAGAUUCACCUUGGAGCUAGAACAGAGACAUGCACAUGAUUAUACAGGGGCAGGGGCUCAAGUUUUUUCCAGUCGUUUAUACAAUAUGGAAAUUAAUGUGAAAUUAAAACACAAAGUAUUAAUAGAAAGGUAAUGACUGUCCUGUGUAGGUGACAGUGAUAUCCAAUAAGCUAGGCACUCACGAGGCUGGCUGUGGCAAGUGUAAGUGAAAGCAACACGCACUGGCAGGAAGAACAGCAAACGCCGAUGAAGGAAAAGGGUCUUUGCAGUGAUGGGCGUUAACAGAGAGGGCGAUGGCCAGAGGACACAAAUGGGACGGGGAGGCAGCACGUUGGGGGGGGGGGGGAGACGCGACACGGCUCGGGCCCGCCAGUGCCCCAACGGGGUCCUAGUUUUGUUAUUAUUAGGGCCCGAGCGUAGCUGCUAAGCAGCUGCGAGAGCCCUCUUGUUCCUGCAUGUUUCCUUCUUUUUAGGGCCCGAGCGUAGCUGCUAAGCAGCUGCGAGAGCCCUCUUGUUCCUGUAGUUUCCUUCUUUUGUUAUUAUUAUUAUUUUUCCUCCCCUUUAAACUGGAAAAUGGCCCACUUCCCACUGGCGAAAACUCAUGAAAUUUGGCAGGACGACCGGGCCUGGUGAAAAAUUUGAUAUUCCGAAGUCGCCCAAACAAGAAAAUGCAAAAUGGCUCCAUAGCGCCCCCUAAGGUGAAAAUUCACACUAUUGACUGUCACGCCUUUACGCUUUGUCAUAUUGACACAAAAAUUGACACACACAUGUAUCUCAAUAAGAUCUACAAAAAAGUCAGUGCGGGCGUAUCUGUCAAAUGUACGGUUAAAGGGUUAUUCCGCAUUUUUUGCCGAUCCGCACACAUUGGAAUUUCGCUAACUCCUCCGAAGGCUUUCGUUCCACCGGCACCACAUUUGCUCAGGCCAAUCUACACCCCAUGGCCAUUAAAAGUUAUUCAAAUCAUGACGCUGCACCCCACGGUUUAGGUUCUAGGGGGCGCCAAAGAUAACCCUAAAAUCCACAUAUUUAAAAGUCUUAUAACUUUUUAUUUUUGACCUCACUGGCCUCCAAGUUUUCUAGGAUGAUGCAAUGUCCAGCCAUCAACACAUUUGUGAAGGAAUUUUUACUCCCCAAAAGAGCGCCCCCCGAUGGCAGGAGAAAAAAGUCCAUUUUUUCUUGUCCCCUAAGGUGAAAAUACACAUUGUUGAGUGUCACGCCUAUACGCUUUGUCAAAAUGACACAAAAAUUGACACACAUAUGUAACUCAAUAAGAUCUACGAAAAAGUCAAUGCGCGCGUAUCUGUCAAAUGUACGGUUAAAGGGUUAUUCCGCAUUUUUUGCCGAUCCGCACACAUUGGAAUUUCGCUAACUCCUCCGAAGGCUUUCUGUCCACCGGCACCACAUUUGCUCAGGCCAAUCUACACCCCGUUGCCAUUAAAAGUUAUCAAAAUCAUGAUGCUGCACCCCACGGUUUAGGUUCUAGGGGGCGCCAAAGACAACCCUAAAAUCCACAUAUUUAAAAGUCUUAUAACUUUUUAUUUUUGUCCUCACUGGCCUCCAAGUUUUCUAGGAUGAUGCAAUGUCCAGCCAUCAACACAUUUGUGAAGGAAUUUUUACUCCCCAAAAGAGCGCCCCCCCAUGGCAGGAGAAAAAAGUCCAUUUUUUCUUGUCCCCUAAGGUGAAAAUACAUAUUGUUGAGAUUCACGCCUAUACGCUUUGUCAUAUUGACACAAAAUUUGACAAUCACGUGUCUUGCCUGGUAUCAUUUUUUUUCAGCACAACCUCACCUGUGCGAAUUUACAGUUAUUUUAUCAUGUUGACAUACUGAAUUUACACAAUGGACCCAAAUUCACACACAAAACAUAAAAUCCGAGUGGAAAAAAGUAACAUUUUUACUGUGAAAACCACAAAUAUGUGUGAUGAACUGUUUUUAAAACCUAAACUUCAAAUAAAAAUUGUAAACUUCAAAACAUAUGCAAAUUUUUAACAAAGAACAUAGUGAUUUACCUCUAUUUACAUCAAAAUGCAGGCAAUGGCCCAGGCGUUCUUUGUAAAAUUAUUUACAAAACACUGUAUAGUCUCACAAAUGUCACUUUUUAUUUAUGCCACUACAAAAAAACAUGAUGUAAAUGAUGCAUGAUGUAAAACAUGAUGUAAAAAACUUGUGUAGAUCCUCCUCUAUGUCAGUCCAUGUGUAAUUUUUCCAUAAUUCUUUGUUUUUUGCAGCAUUUUUGUUAGUGUAACUGCAGAUUGUGCUGACAGUGUCUAUGGCACAAAAAAAAAAAAAAUUAAAAUGCCUCAACAUGAACCCCUGGUGGUCUCUGAGGGUGAAACCUGCUAACUGCUGCAGCUCUGUCAGCUUCAGUCUCCCAUGCAGAGCUCUGAGCGCAUGUGUGGCUCUGCACCCUUAGCAGCGUUGCUAACUCCUCAGUAAGGAAAGCCUGCUUCAUGUCAGAGUCUCUAAACUCCAGAAGAAGUCGAUAAAAGUCCCUUUCUUUCUAAAAAAAAAAGUCGUUAGGGGGUCUGAAAAGUCAUUGAAUCUAACAACAAAGUCGCUAGGUUUGCAACUACGUGUCCCAGACUGCAUCCCUGCUGAGAGUCCCUCCCUCGCUUCUCAUGUUGCAGGAAGAACGUAAGCACCCGCCCCUUGUCAAUCAGUCACCAUAUAAUUUUGGAUUGGUUGUUGUGGUGAAGUUUUCCACCAAUAGGAGAGAUGUUGUGGUGUGUUUUUUUUUUCUUUUGGCAAGCCUUUUCCGCCUGUAACACCUGUCGCUAAUGUCUGCAUGCUAUGUUUUCCUGUCUCAUACAGCGCGAUCGAGCGCCGAACGUGAUCAAAAUAAGCAGAAAAAAAGUAUCGCGGACAUAAUUUAUCAUAACUCUGGUUUUAUUUGGCCUAUCAACACAAUUUAAAAACUGGUAUAUAGGUUGAGGUCCUCACUUUUGAGAUAAGUUGAAACGGAGAGUCAACGAGGCUCCGUCUUGCAGCUACAUCCGGUUAAAUAUGUCAUGUGACUUGAACGCACACACAGACACACACACGCACACACACACACACACACACACACACACACACACACACACACACACACACACACACACACACUCAGAGUCUGGUUUUUAGCACCUGCAAAAACAUGCUAUUUACAUAUUUGACAAGAAUGCAGAGGCUCCUUUUGCCCCUGAAAAAAAUCAAAUUUCAAACACAACUUGACUGGUCAUUUCUCCAAAAGACAACCAUGAAGCUCCAUCCAAACCUGAAGCAGGCAGUUGGUGCAUGUGUACAGUAACCUGAGGGGAGUGAGGUGAGUGCUUCUGAGGAGAACAUGAGCAGUGAAGAUUCACCUUGGAGCUAGAACAGAGACAUGCACAUGAUUAUACAGGGGCAGGGGCUCAAGUUUUUUCCAGUCGUUUAUACAAUAUGGAAAUUAAUGUGAAAUUAAAACACAAAGUAUUAAUAGAAAGGUAAUGACUGUCCUGUGUAGGUGACAGUGAUAUCCAAUAGGCUAGGCACUCACGAGGCUGGCUGUGGCAAGUGUAAGUGAAAGCAACACGCACUGGCAGGAAGAACAGCAAACGCCGAUGAAGGAAAAGGGUCUUUGCAGUGAUGGGCGUUACCAGAGAGGGCGAUGGCCAGAGGACACAAAUGGGACGGGAAGGCAGCACGUUGGGGGGUGGGGGGGGGGGGGGGGGGGGGGGACGCGACAAGGCUCGGGCCCGCCAGUGCCCCAACGGGGUCCUAGUGUUAUUAGGGCCCGAGCGUAGCUGCUAAGCAGCUGCGAGAGCCCUAUUAUUCCUGAUGGAUUCUUCUUUCUUCUUCUUCUUCUUAUUAGGGCCCGAGCGUAGCUGCUAAGCAGCUGCGAGAGCCCUCUUGUUCCUGUAGUUUCCUUCUUUUGUUAUUAUUAUUAUUAUUAUUAUUUUUCCUCCCCUUUGAACUGGAAAAUGGCCCACUUCCCACUGGCGAAAACUCAUGAAAUUUGGCAGGACGACCGGGCCUGGUGAAAAAUUUGAUAUUCCGAAGUCGCCCAAACAAGAAAAUGCAAAAUGGCUCCAUAGCGCCCCCUAAGGUGAAAAUUCACACUAUUCACUGUCACGCCUGUACGCUUUGUCAAAAUGACACAAAAAUUGACACACACAUGUAUCUCAAUAAGAUCUACAAAAAAGUCAGUGCGGGCGUAUCUGUCAAAUGUACGGUUAAAGGGUUAUUUCGCAUUUUUUGCCGAUCCGCACACAUUGGAAUUUCGCUAACUCCUCCGAAGGCUUUCGUUCCACCGGCACCACAUUUGCUCAGGCCAAUCUACACCCCAUGGCCAUUAAAAGUUAUUCAAAUCAUGACGCUGCACCCCACGGUUUAGGUUCUAGGGGGCGCCAAAGAUAACCCUAAGAUCCACAUAUUUAAAAGUCUUAUAACUUUUUAUUUUUGCCCUCACUGGCCUCCAAGUUUUCUAGGAUGAUGCAAUGUCCAGCCAUCAACACAUUUGUGAAGGAAUUUUUACUCCCCAAAAGAGCGCCCCCCAUGGCAGGAGAAAAAAGUCCAUUUUUUCUUGUCCCCUAAGGUGAAAAUACACAUUGUUGAGUGUAACACCUGUACGCUUUGGCAAAAUGACACAAAAAUUGACACACACAUGUAUCUCAAUAAGAUCUACAAAAAAGUCAGUGCGGGCGUAUCUGUCAAAUGUACGGUUAAAGGGUUAUUUCGCAUUUUUUGCCGAUCCGCACACAUUGGAAUUUCGCUAACUCCUCCGAAGGCUUUCGUUCCACCGGCACCACAUUUGCUCAGGCCAAUCUACACCCCAUGGCCAUUAAAAGUUAUUCAAAUCAUGACGCUGCACCCCACGGUUUAGGUUCUAGGGGGCGCCAAAGAUAACCGUAAAAUCCACAUAUUUAAAAGUCUUAUAACUUUUUAUUUUUGUCCCCACUGGCCUCCAAGUUUUCUAGGAUGAUGCAAUGUCCAGCCAUCAACACAUUUGUGAAGGAAUUUUUACUCGGCAAAAGAGCGCCCCCCCAUGGCAGGAGAAAAAAGUCAAUUUUUUCUUGUCCACUAAGGUGAGAAUACACAUUGUUGAGUGCUACGCCUGUAUGUUUUGUCGUAUUGACACAAAAUUUUACAUACACGUGUAUUUCAAUAAGAUCUUCGAAAAAGUCAAUGGCCACGUAUCUGUAAAAUGUACGGUUAAAGGGUUAUUUCGCAUUUUUUGCAGAUUCGCACACAUUGGAAUUUCGCUAAUUCCUCCGAAGGCUUUCGUUCCACCGGCACCACAUUUGCUCAGGCCGAUCUACACCCCAUGGCCAUUAAAAGUUAUUCAAAUCAUGACGCUGCACCCCACGGUUUAGGUUCUAGGGGGCGCCAAAUAUAACCCUAAAAUCCACAUAUUUAAAAGUCUUAUAACUUUUUAUUUUUGUCCUCACUGGCCUCCAUGUUUUCUAGGAUGAUGCAAUGUCCAGCCAUCAACACAUUUGUGAAGGAGUUUUUUCUCUUUAAAAGAGCGCCCCCCCAUGGCAGGAGAAUAAAGUCAAGUUUUUCCUGUUCAUCAUUCAAUGGCUCAAACGCACUGCUCUCUCGGCAAAAGCGAAAGGAGGAGCAACUUGCCAUUUGGAUAUAUCUUAGCUGUGUUUGUGCCCUCACUCAUGGUCCAGACUUUUUUCAAAUAGGACAUGGAGUUUUUCUGCAGCGAGCGUUUUGGUAGAAACUGCGCCUCCCGUUCAUUAUAAUGGUAAAUGACCACAAACAAGUGCGCACACCAUCUUUGGACCUUGAGUGUGACGCGAUCGGGUGGGGGAGGCGGUCGCGCUGGGGGCGGCGUGACUCGGCUCGGGCCCGCCAGUGCCCCAACGGGGCCCUAGUUAUUUUUCUGCCCCUUUGAACUGGAAAAUGGCCCACUUCCCACUGGUGAAAAGUCAUGAAAUUUGGCAGGACGACCGGGCCUGGUGAAAAAUUCGAUAUUCUGAAGUCGCCCAAAAAAUCAAAUGCAAAAUGGCUCCAUAGCGCCCCCUAAGGUGAAAAAUUCACAUGAUUGAGUGUCACGCCUGUACGCUUUGUCAAAAUGACACAAAAUUUGACACACACGUGUAUCUCAAUAAGAUCUACAAAAAAGUCAGUGCGGGCGUAUCUGUCAAAUGUACGGUUAAAGGGCUAUUUCGCAUUUUUUGCCGAUCCGCACACAUUGGAAUUUCGCUAACUCCUCCGAAGGCUUUCGUUCCACCGGCACCAAAUUUGCUCAGGCCAAUCUACACCCCAUGGCCAUUAAAAGUUGUACAAAUCAUGACGCUGCAUCCCACGGUUUACGUUCUAGGGGGCGCCAAAGAUAACCCAGAAAUCCACAUUCUUAAAAGUCGUAUAACUUUUUAUUUUUGUCCUCACUGGCCUCCAAGUUUUCUAGGAUGAUGCAAUGUCCAGCCAUCAACACAUUUGUGAAGGAAUUUUUACUCCCCAAAAGAGCGCCCCCCCAUGGCAGGAGAAAAAAGUCCAUUUUUUCUUGUCUCCUAAGGCGAAAAUUCACACUAUUGACUGUCACGCCUUUACGCUUUGUCAUAUUGACACAAAAAUUGACACACACAUGUAUCUCAAUAAGAUCUACAAAAAAGUCAGUGCGGGCGUAUCUGUCAAAUGUACGGUGAAAGGGCUAUUUCGCAUUUUUUGCCGAUCCGCACACAUUGGAAUUUCGCUAACUCCUCCGAAGGCUUUCGUUCCAAAGGCACCACAUUUGCUGAGGCCAAUCUACACCCCAUGGCCAUUAAAAGUUGUACAAAUCAUGACGCUGCACCCCACGGUUUACGUUCUAGGGGGCGCCAAAGAUAACCCAAAAAUCCACAGUCUUAAAAGUCUUAUAACUUUUUAUUUUUGUCCUCACUGGCCUCCAAGUUCUCUAGGAUGAUGCAAUGUCCAGCCAUCAACACAUUUGUGAAGGAAUUUUUACUCGCCAAAAGAGCGCCCCCCCAUGGCAGGAGAAAAAAGUCCAUUUUUUCUUGUCUCCUAAGGCAAAAAUACACAUUGUUGACUGUCACGCCUUUACGCUUUGUCAAAAUGACACAAAAUUUGACACACACAUGUAUCUCAAUAAGAUCUACAAAAAAGUCAGUGCGGGCGUAUCUGUCAAAUGUACGGUUAAAGGGUUAUUUCGCAUUUUUUGCCGAUCCGCACACAUUGGAAUUUCGCUAACUCCUCCUAAAUCUUUUGUCCCAUCGGCUUCAAAUUUGCUCAGGUCAAUCUACACCCCAUGGCCAUUCAAAGUUGUACAAAUCAUGACGCUGCACCCCACAGUUUACGUUCUAGGGGGCGCCAAAGAGGACCCAAAUAUCCACAUUUUUAAAAGUCUUAUAACUUUUUAUUUUUGUCCUCACUGGCCUCCAAGUUUUCUAGGAUGAUGCAAUGUCCAGCCAUCAACACAUUUGUGAAGGAAUUUUUUCUCCCCAAAAGAGCGCCCCCCAUGGCAGGAGAAAAAGUCAAGUUUUUCCUGCCCAUCGCUCAAUGGCUCAAACGCAUCGCUCUCUCUGCAAAACCGAAAGGAGGAGCAACUUGCCAUUUGGAUAUAUACUAGCUGUGUUUGUGCCCUCACUCAUGGUCCAGACUUUUUUCAAAUAGGACAUGUAGUUUGUCUGCAGCGAGCGUUUUGGUAGAAACUGCGCCUCCCAUUCAUUAUAAUGGGAAAUGACCACAGACAAGUGCGCACACCAUCUUUGGACCUUGAGUGUGACGCGAUCGGGAGGGGGAGGCGGUCGCGCUGGGGGCGGCGCGACGCGGCUCGGGCCCGACAGUGCCCCACCGGGGCCCUAGUUAUUAUUAUUUUUCCUCCCCUUUGAACUGGAAAAUGGCCCACUUCCCACUGGCGAAAACUCAUGAAAUUUGGCAGGACGACCGGGCCUGGUGAAAAAUUUGAUAUUCUGAAGUCGCCCAAACAAUAAAAUGCAAAAUGGCUCCAUAGCGCCCCCUAAGGUGGAAAUUCACACUAUUGACUGUCACGCCUGUACGCUUUGUCAAAAUGACACAAAAUUUGACACACAUAUGUAUCUCAAUAAGAUCUACAAAAAAGUCAGUGCGGGCGUAUCUGUCAAAUGUACGGUUAAAGGGCUAUUUCGCAUUUUUUGGCGAUCCGUACACAUUGGAAUUUCGCUAACUCCUCCGAAGGCUUUUGUUCCACCGGCACCACAUUUGCUCAGGCCAAUCUACACCCCAUGGCCAUUAAAAGUUAUUCAAAUCAUGACGCUGCACCCCACGGUUUAGGUUCUAGGGGGCGCCAAAGAUAACCCUAAAAUCCACAUAUUUAAAAGUCUUAUAAUUUUUUAUUUUUGCCCUCACUGGCCUCCAAGUUUUCUAGGAUGAUGCAAUGUCCAGCCAUCAACACAUUUGUGAAGGAAUUUUUACUCCCCAAAAGAGCGCCCCCCAUGGCCGGAGAAAAAAGUCCCUUUUUUCUUGUCCCCUAAGGUGAAAAUACACAUUGUUGAGUGUCACGCCUGUACGCUUUGUCAUAUUGACACAAAAAUUGACACACAUAUGUAUCUCAAUAAGAUCUACAAAAAAGUCCAUGCGCGCGUAUCUGUCAAAUGUACAGUUAAAGGGUUAUUCCGCAUUUAUUGCCGAUACGCACACAUUGGAAUUUCGCUAACUCCUCCGAAGGCUUUCGUUCCACCGGCACCACAUUUGCUCAGGCCAAUCUACACCCCAUGGCCAUUAAAAGUUAUUCAAAUCAUGAUGCUGCACCCCAUGGUUUAGGUUCUAGGGGGCGCCAAAAAUAACCCAAAAAUCCACAUUCUUAAAUGUUUUAUAACUUUUUAUUUUUGUCCUCACUGGCCUCCAAGUUUUCUAGGAUGAUGCAAUGUCCAGCCAUCAACACAUUUGUGAAGGAAUUUUUACUCCCCAAAAGAGCGCCCCCCAUGGUAGGAGAAAAAAGUCAAUUUUUUCUUGUCCCCUUACAUGAAAAUACACAUUGUUGAGUGUCACGCCUGAACGCUUUGUCAUAUUGACACAAAAAUUGACAAUCAUGUGUAUCUCAAUUAGAUCUACGAAAAAGUCAAAGAGCGCGUAUCUUUAUAAUGUACGGUUAAAGGGCUAUUUUGCAUUUUUUGCCGAUUCGCACACAUUGGAAUGUGGCUAUCUCCUCCUAAGGCUUUCGUCCCACCGAUACCAAAUUUGCUCAGGGCAAUCUACACCCCAUGCCCAUUCAAAGUUGUAAAAAUCAUGACGCUGCACCCCACGGUUUACGUUCUAGGGGGCGCCAAAGAUGACCCAAAAAUCCCGAGCGUAGCUGCUAAGCAGCUGCGAGAGCCCUCUUGUUCCUGUAGUUUCCUUCUUUUGUUAUUAUUAUUAUUUUUCCUCCCCUUUAAACUGGAAAAUGGCCCACUUCCCACUGGCGAAAACUCAUGAAAUUUGGCAGGACGACCGGGCCUGGUGAAAAAUUUGAUAUUCCGAAGUCGCCCAAACAAGAAAAUGCAAAAUGGCUCCAUAGCGCCCCCUAAGGUGAAAAUUCACACUAUUGACUGUCACGCCUUUACGCUUUGUCAUAUUGACACAAAAAUUGACACACACAUGUAUCUCAAUAAGAUCUACAAAAAAGUCAGUGCGGGCGUAUCUGUCAAAUGUACGGUUAAAGGGUUAUUCCGCAUUUUUUGCCGAUCCGCACACAUUGGAAUUUCGCUAACUCCUCCGAAGGCUUUCGUUCCACCGGCACCACAUUUGCUCAGGCCAAUCUACACCCCAUGGCCAUUAAAAGUUAUUCAAAUCAUGACGCUGCACCCCACGGUUUAGGUUCUAGGGGGCGCCAAAGAUAACCCUAAAAUCCACAUAUUUAAAAGUCUUAUAACUUUUUAUUUUUGACCUCACUGGCCUCCAAGUUUUCUAGGAUGAUGCAAUGUCCAGCCAUCAACACAUUUGUGAAGGAAUUUUUACUCCCCAAAAGAGCGCCCCCCGAUGGCAGGAGAAAAAAGUCCAUUUUUUCUUGUCCCCUAAGGUGAAAAUACACAUUGUUGAGUGUCACGCCUAUACGCUUUGUCAAAAUGACACAAAAAUUGACACACAUAUGUAACUCAAUAAGAUCUACGAAAAAGUCAAUGCGCGCGUAUCUGUCAAAUGUACGGUUAAAGGGUUAUUCCGCAUUUUUUGCCGAUCCGCACACAUUGGAAUUUCGCUAACUCCUCCGAAGGCUUUCUGUCCACCGGCACCACAUUUGCUCAGGCCAAUCUACACCCCGUUGCCAUUAAAAGUUAUCAAAAUCAUGAUGCUGCACCCCACGGUUUAGGUUCUAGGGGGCGCCAAAGACAACCCUAAAAUCCACAUAUUUAAAAGUCUUAUAACUUUUUAUUUUUGUCCUCACUGGCCUCCAAGUUUUCUAGGAUGAUGCAAUGUCCAGCCAUCAACACAUUUGUGAAGGAAUUUUUACUCCCCAAAAGAGCGCCCCCCCAUGGCAGGAGAAAAAAGUCCAUUUUUUCUUGUCCCCUAAGGUGAAAAUACAUAUUGUUGAGAUUCACGCCUAUACGCUUUGUCAUAUUGACACAAAAUUUGACAAUCACGUGUCUUGCCUGGUAUCAUUUUUUUUCAGCACAACCUCACCUGUGCGAAUUUACAGUUAUUUUAUCAUGUUGACAUACUGAAUUUACACAAUGGACCCAAAUUCACACACAAAACAUAAAAUCCGAGUGGAAAAAAGUAACAUUUUUACUGUGAAAACCACAAAUAUGUGUGAUGAACUGUUUUUAAAACCUAAACUUCAAAUAAAAAUUGUAAACUUCAAAACAUAUGCAAAUUUUUAACAAAGAACAUAGUGAUUUACCUCUAUUUACAUCAAAAUGCAGGCAAUGGCCCAGGCGUUCUUUGUAAAAUUAUUUACAAAACACUGUAUAGUCUCACAAAUGUCACUUUUUAUUUAUGCCACUACAAAAAAACAUGAUGUAAAUGAUGCAUGAUGUAAAACAUGAUGUAAAAAACUUGUGUAGAUCCUCCUCUAUGUCAGUCCAUGUGUAAUUUUUCCAUAAUUCUUUGUUUUUUGCAGCAUUUUUGUUAGUGUAACUGCAGAUUGUGCUGACAGUGUCUAUGGCACAAAAAAAAAAAAAUUAAAAUGCCUCAACAUGAACCCCUGGUGGUCUCUGAGGGUGAAACCUGCUAACUGCUGCAGCUCUGUCAGCUUCAGUCUCCCAUGCAGAGCUCUGAGCGCAUGUGUGGCUCUGCACCCUUAGCAGCGUUGCUAACUCCUCAGUAAGGAAAGCCUGCUUCAUGUCAGAGUCUCUAAACUCCAGAAGAAGUCGAUAAAAGUCCCUUUCUUUCUAAAAAAAAAGUCGUUAGGGGGUCUGAAAAGUCAUUGAAUCUAACAACAAAGUCGCUAGGUUUGCAACUACGUGUCCCAGACUGCAUCCCUGCUGAGAGUCCCUCCCUCGCUUCUCAUGUUGCAGGAAGAACGUAAGCACCCGCCCCUUGUCAAUCAGUCACCAUAUAAUUUUGGAUUGGUUGUUGUGGUGAAGUUUUCCACCAAUAGGAGAGAUGUUGUGGUGUGUUUUUUUUUUCUUUUGGCAAGCCUUUUCCGCCUGUAACACCUGUCGCUAAUGUCUGCAUGCUAUGUUUUCCUGUCUCAUACAGCGCGAUCGAGCGCCGAACGUGAUCAAAAUAAGCAGAAAAAAAGUAUCGCGGACAUAAUUUAUCAUAACUCUGGUUUUAUUUGGCCUAUCAACACAAUUUAAAAACUGGUAUAUAGGUUGAGGUCCUCACUUUUGAGAUAAGUUGAAACGGAGAGUCAACGAGGCUCCGUCUUGCAGCUACAUCCGGUUAAAUAUGUCAUGUGACUUGAACGCACACACAGACACACACACGCACACACACACACACACACACACACACACACACACACACACACACACACACACACACACACUCAGAGUCUGGUUUUUAGCACCUGCAAAAACAUGCUAUUUACAUAUUUGACAAGAAUGCAGAGGCUCCUUUUGCCCCUGAAAAAAAUCAAAUUUCAAACACAACUUGACUGGUCAUUUCUCCAAAAGACAACCAUGAAGCUCCAUCCAAACCUGAAGCAGGCAGUUGGUGCAUGUGUACAGUAACCUGAGGGGAGUGAGGUGAGUGCUUCUGAGGAGAACAUGAGCAGUGAAGAUUCACCUUGGAGCUAGAACAGAGACAUGCACAUGAUUAUACAGGGGCAGGGGCUCAAGUUUUUUCCAGUCGUUUAUACAAUAUGGAAAUUAAUGUGAAAUUAAAACACAAAGUAUUAAUAGAAAGGUAAUGACUGUCCUGUGUAGGUGACAGUGAUAUCCAAUAGGCUAGGCACUCACGAGGCUGGCUGUGGCAAGUGUAAGUGAAAGCAACACGCACUGGCAGGAAGAACAGCAAACGCCGAUGAAGGAAAAGGGUCUUUGCAGUGAUGGGCGUUACCAGAGAGGGCGAUGGCCAGAGGACACAAAUGGGACGGGAAGGCAGCACGUUGGGGGGUGGGGGGGGGGGGGGGGGGGGGACGCGACAAGGCUCGGGCCCGCCAGUGCCCCAACGGGGUCCUAGUGUUAUUAGGGCCCGAGCGUAGCUGCUAAGCAGCUGCGAGAGCCCUAUUAUUCCUGAUGGAUUCUUCUUUCUUCUUCUUCUUCUUAUUAGGGCCCGAGCGUAGCUGCUAAGCAGCUGCGAGAGCCCUCUUGUUCCUGUAGUUUCCUUCUUUUGUUAUUAUUAUUAUUAUUAUUAUUUUUCCUCCCCUUUGAACUGGAAAAUGGCCCACUUCCCACUGGCGAAAACUCAUGAAAUUUGGCAGGACGACCGGGCCUGGUGAAAAAUUUGAUAUUCCGAAGUCGCCCAAACAAGAAAAUGCAAAAUGGCUCCAUAGCGCCCCCUAAGGUGAAAAUUCACACUAUUCACUGUCACGCCUGUACGCUUUGUCAAAAUGACACAAAAAUUGACACACACAUGUAUCUCAAUAAGAUCUACAAAAAAGUCAGUGCGGGCGUAUCUGUCAAAUGUACGGUUAAAGGGUUAUUUCGCAUUUUUUGCCGAUCCGCACACAUUGGAAUUUCGCUAACUCCUCCGAAGGCUUUCGUUCCACCGGCACCACAUUUGCUCAGGCCAAUCUACACCCCAUGGCCAUUAAAAGUUAUUCAAAUCAUGACGCUGCACCCCACGGUUUAGGUUCUAGGGGGCGCCAAAGAUAACCCUAAGAUCCACAUAUUUAAAAGUCUUAUAACUUUUUAUUUUUGCCCUCACUGGCCUCCAAGUUUUCUAGGAUGAUGCAAUGUCCAGCCAUCAACACAUUUGUGAAGGAAUUUUUACUCCCCAAAAGAGCGCCCCCCCAUGGCAGGAGAAAAAAGUCCAUUUUUUCUUGUCCCCUAAGGUGAAAAUACACAUUGUUGAGUGUAACACCUGUACGCUUUGGCAAAAUGACACAAAAAUUGACACACACAUGUAUCUCAAUAAGAUCUACAAAAAAGUCAGUGCGGGCGUAUCUGUCAAAUGUACGGUUAAAGGGUUAUUUCGCAUUUUUUGCCGAUCCGCACACAUUGGAAUUUCGCUAACUCCUCCGAAGGCUUUCGUUCCACCGGCACCACAUUUGCUCAGGCCAAUCUACACCCCAUGGCCAUUAAAAGUUAUUCAAAUCAUGACGCUGCACCCCACGGUUUAGGUUCUAGGGGGCGCCAAAGAUAACCGUAAAAUCCACAUAUUUAAAAGUCUUAUAACUUUUUAUUUUUGUCCCCACUGGCCUCCAAGUUUUCUAGGAUGAUGCAAUGUCCAGCCAUCAACACAUUUGUGAAGGAAUUUUUACUCGGCAAAAGAGCGCCCCCCCAUGGCAGGAGAAAAAAGUCAAUUUUUUCUUGUCCACUAAGGUGAGAAUACACAUUGUUGAGUGCUACGCCUGUAUGUUUUGUCGUAUUGACACAAAAUUUUACAUACACGUGUAUUUCAAUAAGAUCUUCGAAAAAGUCAAUGGCCACGUAUCUGUAAAAUGUACGGUUAAAGGGUUAUUUCGCAUUUUUUGCAGAUUCGCACACAUUGGAAUUUCGCUAAUUCCUCCGAAGGCUUUCGUUCCACCGGCACCACAUUUGCUCAGGCCGAUCUACACCCCAUGGCCAUUAAAAGUUAUUCAAAUCAUGACGCUGCACCCCACGGUUUAGGUUCUAGGGGGCGCCAAAUAUAACCCUAAAAUCCACAUAUUUAAAAGUCUUAUAACUUUUUAUUUUUGUCCUCACUGGCCUCCAUGUUUUCUAGGAUGAUGCAAUGUCCAGCCAUCAACACAUUUGUGAAGGAGUUUUUUCUCUUUAAAAGAGCGCCCCCCAUGGCAGGAGAAUAAAGUCAAGUUUUUCCUGUUCAUCAUUCAAUGGCUCAAACGCACUGCUCUCUCGGCAAAAGCGAAAGGAGGAGCAACUUGCCAUUUGGAUAUAUCUUAGCUGUGUUUGUGCCCUCACUCAUGGUCCAGACUUUUUUCAAAUAGGACAUGGAGUUUUUCUGCAGCGAGCGUUUUGGUAGAAACUGCGCCUCCCGUUCAUUAUAAUGGUAAAUGACCACAAACAAGUGCGCACACCAUCUUUGGACCUUGAGUGUGACGCGAUCGGGUGGGGGAGGCGGUCGCGCUGGGGGCGGCGUGACUCGGCUCGGGCCCGCCAGUGCCCCAACGGGGCCCUAGUUAUUUUUCUGCCCCUUUGAACUGGAAAAUGGCCCACUUCCCACUGGUGAAAAGUCAUGAAAUUUGGCAGGACGACCGGGCCUGGUGAAAAAUUCGAUAUUCUGAAGUCGCCCAAAAAAUCAAAUGCAAAAUGGCUCCAUAGCGCCCCCUAAGGUGAAAAAUUCACAUGAUUGAGUGUCACGCCUGUACGCUUUGUCAAAAUGACACAAAAUUUGACACACACGUGUAUCUCAAUAAGAUCUACAAAAAAGUCAGUGCGGGCGUAUCUGUCAAAUGUACGGUUAAAGGGCUAUUUCGCAUUUUUUGCCGAUCCGCACACAUUGGAAUUUCGCUAACUCCUCCGAAGGCUUUCGUUCCACCGGCACCAAAUUUGCUCAGGCCAAUCUACACCCCAUGGCCAUUAAAAGUUGUACAAAUCAUGACGCUGCAUCCCACGGUUUACGUUCUAGGGGGCGCCAAAGAUAACCCAGAAAUCCACAUUCUUAAAAGUCGUAUAACUUUUUAUUUUUGUCCUCACUGGCCUCCAAGUUUUCUAGGAUGAUGCAAUGUCCAGCCAUCAACACAUUUGUGAAGGAAUUUUUACUCCCCAAAAGAGCGCCCCCCAUGGCAGGAGAAAAAAGUCCAUUUUUUCUUGUCUCCUAAGGCGAAAAUUCACACUAUUGACUGUCACGCCUUUACGCUUUGUCAUAUUGACACAAAAAUUGACACACACAUGUAUCUCAAUAAGAUCUACAAAAAAGUCAGUGCGGGCGUAUCUGUCAAAUGUACGGUGAAAGGGCUAUUUCGCAUUUUUUGCCGAUCCGCACACAUUGGAAUUUCGCUAACUCCUCCGAAGGCUUUCGUUCCAAAGGCACCACAUUUGCUGAGGCCAAUCUACACCCCAUGGCCAUUAAAAGUUGUACAAAUCAUGACGCUGCACCCCACGGUUUACGUUCUAGGGGGCGCCAAAGAUAACCCAAAAAUCCACAGUCUUAAAAGUCUUAUAACUUUUUAUUUUUGUCCUCACUGGCCUCCAAGUUCUCUAGGAUGAUGCAAUGUCCAGCCAUCAACACAUUUGUGAAGGAAUUUUUACUCGCCAAAAGAGCGCCCCCCAUGGCAGGAGAAAAAAGUCCAUUUUUUCUUGUCUCCUAAGGCAAAAAUACACAUUGUUGACUGUCACGCCUUUACUUUGUCAAAAUGACACAAAAUUUGACACACACAUGUAUCUCAAUAAGAUCUACAAAAAAGUCAGUGCGGGCGUAUCUGUCAAAUGUACGGUUAAAGGGUUAUUUCGCAUUUUUUGCCGAUCCGCACACAUUGGAAUUUCGCUAACUCCUCCUAAAUCUUUUGUCCCAUCGGCUUCAAAUUUGCUCAGGUCAAUCUACACCCCAUGGCCAUUCAAAGUUGUACAAAUCAUGACGCUGCACCCCACAGUUUACGUUCUAGGGGGCGCCAAAGAGGACCCAAAUAUCCACAUUUUUAAAAGUCUUAUAACUUUUUAUUUUUGUCCUCACUGGCCUCCAAGUUUUCUAGGAUGAUGCAAUGUCCAGCCAUCAACACAUUUGUGAAGGAAUUUUUCUCCCCAAAAGAGCGCCCCCCAUGGCAGGAGAAAAAGUCAAGUUUUUCCUGCCCAUCGCUCAAUGGCUCAAACGCAUCGCUCUCUCUGCAAAACCGAAAGGAGGAGCAACUUGCCAUUUGGAUAUAUACUAGCUGUGUUUGUGCCCUCACUCAUGGUCCAGACUUUUUUCAAAUAGGACAUGUAGUUUGUCUGCAGCGAGCGUUUUGGUAGAAACUGCGCCUCCCAUUCAUUAUAAUGGGAAAUGACCACAGACAAGUGCGCACACCAUCUUUGGACCUUGAGUGUGACGCGAUCGGGAGGGGGAGGCGGUCGCGCUGGGGGCGGCGCGACGCGGCUCGGGCCCGACAGUGCCCCACCGGGGCCCUAGUUAUUAUUAUUUUUCCUCCCCUUUGAACUGGAAAAUGGCCCACUUCCCACUGGCGAAAACUCAUGAAAUUUGGCAGGACGACCGGGCCUGGUGAAAAAUUUGAUAUUCUGAAGUCGCCCAAACAAUAAAAUGCAAAAUGGCUCCAUAGCGCCCCCUAAGGUGGAAAUUCACACUAUUGACUGUCACGCCUGUACGCUUUGUCAAAAUGACACAAAAUUUGACACACAUAUGUAUCUCAAUAAGAUCUACAAAAAAGUCAGUGCGGGCGUAUCUGUCAAAUGUACGGUUAAAGGGCUAUUUCGCAUUUUUUGGCGAUCCGUACACAUUGGAAUUUCGCUAACUCCUCCGAAGGCUUUUGUUCCACCGGCACCACAUUUGCUCAGGCCAAUCUACACCCCAUGGCCAUUAAAAGUUAUUCAAAUCAUGACGCUGCACCCCACGGUUUAGGUUCUAGGGGGCGCCAAAGAUAACCCUAAAAUCCACAUAUUUAAAAGUCUUAUAAUUUUUUAUUUUUGCCCUCACUGGCCUCCAAGUUUUCUAGGAUGAUGCAAUGUCCAGCCAUCAACACAUUUGUGAAGGAAUUUUUACUCCCCAAAAGAGCGCCCCCCAUGGCCGGAGAAAAAAGUCCCUUUUUUCUUGUCCCCUAAGGUGAAAAUACACAUUGUUGAGUGUCACGCCUGUACGCUUUGUCAUAUUGACACAAAAAUUGACACACAUAUGUAUCUCAAUAAGAUCUACAAAAAAGUCCAUGCGCGCGUAUCUGUCAAAUGUACAGUUAAAGGGUUAUUCCGCAUUUAUUGCCGAUACGCACACAUUGGAAUUUCGCUAACUCCUCCGAAGGCUUUCGUUCCACCGGCACCACAUUUGCUCAGGCCAAUCUACACCCCAUGGCCAUUAAAAGUUAUUCAAAUCAUGAUGCUGCACCCCAUGGUUUAGGUUCUAGGGGGCGCCAAAAAUAACCCAAAAAUCCACAUUCUUAAAUGUUUUAUAACUUUUUAUUUUUGUCCUCACUGGCCUCCAAGUUUUCUAGGAUGAUGCAAUGUCCAGCCAUCAACACAUUUGUGAAGGAAUUUUUACUCCCCAAAAGAGCGCCCCCCCAUGGUAGGAGAAAAAAGUCAAUUUUUUCUUGUCCCCUUACAUGAAAAUACACAUUGUUGAGUGUCACGCCUGAACGCUUUGUCAUAUUGACACAAAAAUUGACAAUCAUGUGUAUCUCAAUUAGAUCUACGAAAAAGUCAAAGAGCGCGUAUCUUUAUAAUGUACGGUUAAAGGGCUAUUUUGCAUUUUUUGCCGAUUCGCACACAUUGGAAUGUGGCUAUCUCCUCCUAAGGCUUUCGUCCCACCGAUACCAAAUUUGCUCAGGGCAAUCUACACCCCAUGCCCAUUCAAAGUUGUAAAAAUCAUGACGCUGCACCCCACGGUUUACGUUCUAGGGGGCGCCAAAGAUGACCCAAAAAUCCACAUUCUUAAAAGUCAUUUUGGCCACUGCAGGAGUACAGAGUACUGCAGUUCUAGGGGGCGCCAAAGAUGACCCAAAAAUCCACAUUCUUAAAAGUCUUUUUGGCCACUGCAGGAGUACAGAGUACUGCAGGAUACACACACAUAUACACACACGCCAACAUACACACACACACAGACACACACACACACAGACACACACACACACACACUCAGAGUCUGUUUUUUAGCACCUGCAAAAACAUGCUGUUUACAUAUUUGACAAGAAUGCAGAGGCUUCCUUUUGCCCCUGAAAAAAAUCAAAUUUCAAACACAACUUGACUGUUCAUUUCUCCAAAAGACAACCAUGAAGCUCCAUUUCAAACCUGAAGCAGAUAGUUGGUGCAUGUGUACAGUAACCUGAGGGGAGUGAGGUGACUAUUUCUGAGGAGAACAUGAGCAGUGAAGAUUCACCUUGGAGCUAGAACAGGGACGUGCACAUGAUUAUACAGGGGCAGGGGCUCAAGUUUUUUCCAGUCAUUUAUACAAUAUGGAAAUUAAUGUGAAAUUAAACCACAAAUAUGUGUGAUGAACUGUUUUUAAAACUUAAACUUCAAAUAAAAAUUGUAAACUUCAAAACAUAUGCAAAUUUUUAACAAAGAACAUAGUAAUUUACCUCUAUUUACAUCAAAAUGCAGGCAAUGGCCCAGGCGUUCUUUGUAAAAUUAUUUACAAAACACUGUAUAGUCUCACAAAUGUCACUUUUUAUUUAUGCCACUACAAAAAAACAUGAUGUAAAUGAUGCAUGAUGUAAAACAUGAUGUAAAAAACUUGUGUAGAUCCUCCUCUAUGUCAGUCCAUGUGUAAUUUUUCCAUAAUUCUUUGUUUUUUGCAGCAUUUUUGUUAGUGUAACUGCAGAUUGUGCUGACAGUGUCUAUGGCACAAAAAAAAAAAAAUUAAAAUGCCUCAACAUGAACCCCUGGUGGUCUCUGAGGGUGAAACCUGCUAACUGCUGCAGCUCUGUCAGCUUCAGUCUCCCAUGCAGAGCUCUGAGCGCAUGUGUGGCUCUGCACCCUUAGCAGCGUUGCUAACUCCUCAGUAAGGAAAGCCUGCUUCAUGUCAGAGUCUCUAAACUCCAGAAGAAGUCGAUAAAAGUCCCUUUCUUUCUAAAAAAAAGUCGUUAGGGGGUCUGAAAAGUCAUUGAAUCUAACAACAAAGUCGCUAGGUUUGCAACUACGUGUCCCAGACUGCAUCCCUGCUGAGAGUCCCUCCCUCCCUUCUCAUGUUGCAGGAAGAACGUAAGCGCCCGCCCCUUGUCAAUCAGUCACCAUAUAAUUUUGGAUUGGUUGUUGUGGUGAAGUUUUCCACCAAUAGGAGAGAUGUUGUGGUGUGUUUUUUUUUUCUUUUGGCAAGCUUUUUCCGCCUGUAAGACCUGUCGCUAAUGUCUGCAUGCUAUGUUUUCCUGUCUCAUACAGCGCGAUCGAGCGCCGAACGUGAUCAAAAUAAGCAGAAAAAAAGUAUCGCAGACAUAAUUUAUCAUAACUCUGGUUUUAUUUGGCCUAUCAACACAAUUUAAAAACUGGUAUAUAGGUUGAGGUCCUCACUUUUGAGAUAAGUUGAAACGGAGAGUCAACGAGGCUCCGUCUUGCAGCUACAUCCGGUUAAAUAUGUCAUGUGACUUGAAUGCACACACAGACACACACACACGCACACACACACACACACACACACACACACACACACACACACACACUCAGAGUCUGGUUUUUAGCACCUGCAAAAACAUGCUAUUUACAUAUUUGACAAGAAUGCAGAGGCUCCUUUUGCCCCUGAAAAAAAUCAAAUUUCAAACACAACUUGACUGGUCAUUUCUCCAAAAGACAACCAUGAAGCUCCAUCCAAACCUGAAGCAGGCAGUUGGUGCAUGUGUACAGUAACCUGAGGGGAGUGAGGUGAGUGCUUCUGAGGAGAACAUGAGCAGUGAAGAUUCACCUUGGAGCUAGAACAGAGACAUGCACAUGAUUAUACAGGGGCAGGGGCUCAAGUUUUUUCCAGUCGUUUAUACAAUAUGGAAAUUAAUGUGAAAUUAAAACACAAAGUAUUAAUAGAAAGGUAAUGACUGUCCUGUGUAGGUGACAGUGAUAUCGAAUAGGCUAGGCACUCACGAGGCUGGCUGUGGCAAGUGUAAGUGAAAGCAACACGCACUGGCAGGAAGAACAGCAAACGCCGAUGAAGGAAAAGGGUCUUUGCAGUGAUGGGCGUUACCAGAGAGGGCGAUGGCCAGAGGACACAAAUGGGACGGGGAGGCAGCACGUUGGGGGGGGGGGGGGGUGACACGGCUCGGGCCCGCCAGUGCCCCAACGGGGUCCUAGUUAUUAGGGCCCGAGCCAGCUGCAGAGCAGCCGGGCGUAGGCCCUAUUAUUCCCCAAGUGGUUUUUCUUUGUUUCUUUCUUUCUUUCUUUCUUUAGGGCCCGAGCGUAGCUGCUAAGCAGCUGCGAGAGCCCUCUUGUUCCUGUAGUUUCCUUCUUUAGGGCCCGAGCGUAGCUGCUAAGCAGCUGCGAGAGCCCUCUUGUUCCUGUAGUUUCCUUCUUUUGUUAUUAUUAUUAUUAUUUUUCCUCCCCUUUGAACUGGAAAAUGGCCCACUUCCCACUGGCGAAAACUCAUGAAAUUUGGCAGGACGACCGGGCCUGGUGAAAAAUUUGAUAUUCCGAAGUCGCCCAAACAAGAAAAUGCAAAAUGGCUCCAUAGCGCCCCCUAAGGUGAAAAUUCACACUAUUCACUGUCACGCCUGUACGCUUUGUCAAAAUGACACAAAAAUUGACACACACAUGUAUCUCAAUAAGAUCUACAAAAAAGUCAGUGCGGGCGUAUCUGUCAAAUGUACGGUUAAAGGGUUAUUUCGCAUUUUUUGCCGAUCCGCACACAUUGGAAUUUCGCUAACUCCUCCGAAGGCUUUCGUUCCACCGGCACCACAUUUGCUCAGGCCAAUCUACACCCCAUGGCCAUUAAAAGUUAUUCAAAUCAUGACGCUGCACCCCACGGUUUAGGUUCUAGGGGGCGCCAAAGAUAACCCUAAGAUCCACAUAUUUAAAAGUCUUAUAACUUUUUAUUUUUGCCCUCACUGGCCUCCAAGUUUUCUAGGAUGAUGCAAUGUCCAGCCAUCAACACAUUUGUGAAGGAAUUUUUACUCCCCAAAAGAGCGCCCCCCAUGGCAGGAGAAAAAAGUCCAUUUUUUCUUGUCCCCUAAGGUGAAAAUACACAUUGUUGAGUGUAACACCUGUACGCUUUGGCAAAAUGACACAAAAAUUGACACACACAUGUAUCUCAAUAAGAUCUACGAAAAAGUCAAUGCGCGCGUAUCUGUCAAAUGUACGGUUAAAGGGUUAUUCCGCAUUUUUUGCCGAUCCGCACACAUUGGAAUUUCGCUAACUCCUCCGAAGGCUUUCGUUCCACCGGCACCACAUUUGCUCAGGCCAAUCUACACCCCAUGGCCAUUAAAAGUUAUUCAAAUCAUGACGCUGCACCCCACGGUUUAGGUUCUAGGGGGCGCCAAAGAUAACCGUAAAAUCCACAUAUUUAAAAGUCUUAUAACUUUUUAUUUUUGUCCCCACUGGCCUCCAAGUUUUCUAGGAUGAUGCAAUGUCCAGCCAUCAACACAUUUGUGAAGGAAUUUUUACUCGGCAAAAGAGCGCCCCCCAUGGCAGGAGAAAAAAGUCAAUUUUUUCUUGUCCACUAAGGUGAAAAUACACAUUGUUGAGUGCUACGCCUGUAUGUUUUGUCGUAUUGACACAAAAUUUUACAUACACGUGUAUUUCAAUAAGAUCUUCGAAAAAGUCAAUGGCCACGUAUCUGUAAAAUGUACGGUUAAAGGGUUAUUUCGCAUUUUUUGCAGAUUCGCACACAUUGGAAUUUCGCUAAUUCCUCCAAAGGCUUUCGUUCCACCGGCACCACAUUUGCUCAGGCCAAUCUACACCCCAUGGCCAUUAAAAGUUAUUCAAAUCAUGACGCUGCACCCCACGGUUUAGGUUCUAGGGGGCGCCAAAUAUAACCGUAAAAUCCACAUAUUUAAAAGUCUUUUAACUUUUUAUUUUUGUCCUCACUGGCCUCCAUGUUUUCUAGGAUGAUGCAAUGUCCAGCCAUCAACACAUUUGUGAAGGAGCUUUUUCUCUUUAAAAGAGCGCCCCCCCAUGGCAGGAGAAUAAAGUCAAGUUUUUCCUGUUCAUCAUUCAAUGGCUCAAACGCACUGCUCUCUCGGCAAAAGCGAAAGGAGGAGCAACUUGCCAUUUGGAUAUAUCUUAGCUGUGUUUGUGCCCUCACUCAUGGUCCAGACUUUUUUCAAAUAGGACAUGGAGUUUUUCUGCAGCGAGCGUUUUGGUAGAAACUGCGCCUCCCGUUCAUUAUAAUGGUAAAUGACCACAAACAAGUGCGCACACCAUCUUUGGACCUUGAGUGUGACGCGAUCGGGUGGGGGAGGCGGUCACGCUGGGGGCGGCGCGACACGGCUCGGGCCCGCCAGUGCCCCAACGGGGCCCUAGUUAUUAUUUUUCCUCCCCUUUGAACUGGAAAAUGGCCCACUUCCCACUGGCGAAAACUCAUGAAAUUUGGCAGGACGACCGGGCCUGGUGAAAAAUUUGAUAUUCCGAAGUCGCCCAAACAAGAAAAUGCAAAAUGGCUCCAUAGCGCCCCCUAAGGUGAAAAUUCACACUAUUGACUGUCACGCCUGUACGCUUUGUCAAAAUGACACAAAAAUUGACACACACAUGUAUCUCAAUAAGAUCUACAAAAAAGUCAGUGCGGGCGUAUCUGUCAAAUGUACGGUUAAAGGGUUAUUUCGCAUUUUUUGCCGAUCCGCACACAUUGGAAUUUCGCUAACUCCUCCGAAGGCUUUCGUUCCACCGGCACCACAUUUGCUCAGGCCAAUCUACACCCCAUGGCCAUUAAAAGUUAUUCAAAUCAUGACGCUGCACCCCACGGUUUAGGUUCUAGGGGGCGCCAAAGAUAACCCUAAAAUCCACAUAUUUCAAAGUCUUAUAACUUUUUAUUUUUGUCCUCACUGGCCUCCAAGUUUUCUAGGAUGAUGCAAUGUCCAGCCAUCAACACAUUUGUGAAGGAAUUUUUACUCCCCAAAAGAGCGCCCCCCCAUGGCAGGAGAAAAAAGUCCAUUUUUUCUUGUCCCCUAAGGUGGAAAUUCACACUAUUGACUGUCACGCCUGUACGCUUUAUCAUAUUGACACAAAAUUUGACAAUCACAUGUAUCUCAAUAAGAUCUACGAAAAAGUCAAUGCGCGCGUAUCUGUCAAAUGUACGGUUAAAGGGUUAUUCCGCAUUUUUUGCCGAUCCGCACACAUUGGAAUUUCGCUAACUCCUCCGAAGGCUUUCGUUCCACCGGCACCACAUUUGCUCAGGCCAAUCUACACCCCAUGGCCAUUAAAAGUUAUUCAAAUCAUGACGCUGCACCCCACGGUUUAGGUUCUAGGGGGCGCCAAAGAUAACCCUAAAAUCCACAUAUUUCAAAGUCUUAUAACUUUUUAUUUUUGUCCUCACUGGCCUCCAAGUUUUCUAGGAUGAUGCAAUGUCCAGCCAUCAACACAUUUGUGAAGGAAUUUUUACUCCCCAAAAGAGCGCCCCCCCAUGGCAGGAGAAAAAAGUCCAUUUUUUCUUGUCCCCUAAGGUGGAAAUUCACACUAUUGACUGUCACGCCUGUACGCUUUAUCAUAUUGACACAAAAUUUGACAAUCACAUGUAUCUCAAUAAGAUCUACAAAAAAGUCAAUGCGCGCGUAUCUGUCAAAUGUACGGUUAAAGGGCUAUUUUGCAUUUUUUGCCGAUUCGCACACAUUGGAAUGUGGCUAACUCCUCCUAAGGCUUUCGUCCCACUGACACCAAAUUUGCUCAGGCCAAUCUACACCCCAUGGUUAUUCAAAGUUGUAAAAAUCAUGACGCUGCACCCCACGGUUUACGUUCUAGGGGGCGCCAAAGAUGACCCAAAUAUCCACAUUCUUAAAAUAAUCCACCACCCCCCCCCCCCCCCCCCAUCCCCCAACCCCCAUGGCAGGAGAAACAGUCAAGUUUUUCCUGCCCAUCACUCAAUGGCUCAAUCGCAUCACUCUCCCGGCAACACCGUAACAAGGAGCAACUUGCCGUUUGGAUAUAUCCUAGCUGUGUUUGUGCCCUCACUCAUGGUCCAGACUUUUUUCAAAUAGGACAUGUAGUUUGUCUGCAGCGAGUGUUUUGGUAGAAACUGCGCCUCCCAUUCAUUAUAAUGGGAAAUGACCACAGACAAGUGCGCACACCAUCUUUGGACCUUGAGUGUGACGCGAUCGGGAGGGGGAGGCGGUCGCGCUGGGGGCGGCGCAACGCGGCUCGGGCCCGACAGUGCCCCACCGGGGCCCUAGUUCUUUCUUUCUUCUUUUUCCUCCCCUUUGAACUGGAAAAUGGCCCACUUCCCACUGGCGAAAACUCAUGAAAUUUGGCAGGACGACCGGGCCUGGUGAAAAAUUCGAUAUUCUGAAGUCGCCCAAACAAUAAAAUGCAAAAUGGCUCCAUAGCGCCCCCUAAGGUGGAAAUUCACACUAUUGACUGUCACGCCUGUACGCUUUGUCAUAUUGACACAAAAAUUGACACACAUAUGUAUCUCAAUAAGAUCUACAAAAAAGUCAGUGCGGCCGUAUCUGUCAAAAUUACGGUUAAAGGGUUAUUUCGCAUUUUUUGCCGAUCCGCACACAUUGGAAUUUCGCUAACUCCUCCGAAGGCUUUCGUUCCACCGGCACCACAUUUGCUCAGGCCAAUCUACACCCUGUGGCCAUUAAAAGUUAUCAAAAUCAUGACGCUGCACCCCAAGGUUUAGGUUCUAGGGGGCGCCAAAGAUAACACUAAAAUCCACAUAUUUAAAAGUCUUAUAACUUUUUAUUUUUGUCCUCACUGGCCUCCAAGUUUUCUAGGAUGAUGCAAUGUCCAGCCAUCAACACAUUUGUGUAGGAAUUUUUACUCCCCAAAAGAGCGCCCCCCCAUGGCAGGAGAAAAAAGUCCAUUUUUUCUUGUCCCCUAAGGUGAAAAUACACAUUGUUGAGUGUCACGCCUAUACGCUUUGUCAAAAUGACACAAAAAUUGACACACACAUGUAACUCAAUAAGAUCUACAAAAAAGUCCAUGCGCGCGUAUCUGUCAAAUGUACAGUUAAAGGGUUAUUCCGCAUUUUUUGCAGAUACGCACACAUUGGAAUUUCGCUAACUCCUCCGAAGGCUUUCGUUCCACCGGCACCACAUUUGCUCAGGCCAAUCUACACCCCAUGGCCAUUAAAAGUUAUUCAAAUCAUGACGCUGCACCCCACGGUUUAGGUUCUAGGGGGCGCCAAAGAUAACCCUAAAAUCCACAUAUUUAAAAGUUUUAUAACUUUUUAUUUUUGUCCUCACUGGCCUCCAAGUUUUCUAGGAUGAUGCAAUGUCCAGCCAUCAACACAUUUGUGAAGGAAUUUUUACUCCCCAAAAGAGCGCCCCCCCAUGGCAGGAGAAAAAAGUCCAUUUUUUCUUGUCCCCUAAGGUGAAAAUACAUAUUGUUGAGAUUCACGCCUAUACGCUUUGUCAUAUUGACACAAAAUUUGACAAUCACGUGCCUUGCCUGGUAUCAUUUUUUUCAGCACAACCUCACCUGUGCGAAUUUACAGUUAUUUUAUCAUGUUGACAUACUGAAUUUACACAAUGGACCCAAAUUCACACACAAAACAUAAAAUCCGAGUGGAAAAAAGUAACAUUUUUACUGUGAAAACCACAAAUAUGUGUGAUGAACUGUUUUUAAAACUUAAACUUCAAAUAAAAAUUGUAAACUUCAAAACAUAUGCAAAUUUUUAACAAAGAACAUAGUGAUUUACCUCUAUUUACAUCAAAAUGCAGGCAAUGGCCCAGGCGUUCUUUGUAAAAUUAUUUACAAAACACUGUAUAGUCUCACAAAUGUCACUUUGGGUGAAACCUGCUAACUGCUGCAGCUCUGUCAGCUUCAGUCUCCCAUGCAGAGCUCUGAGCGCAUGUGUGGCUCUGCACCCUUAGCAGCGUUGCUAACUCCUCAGUAAGGAAAGCCUGCUUCAUGUCAGAGUCUCUAAACUCCAGAAGAAGUCGAUAAAAGUCCCUUUCUUUCUAAAAAAAAAGUCGUUAGGGGGUCUGAAAAGUCAUUGAAUCUAACAACAAAGUCGCUAGGUUUGCAACUACGUGUCCCAGACUGCAUCCCUGCUGAGAGUCCCUCCCUCGCUUCUCAUGUUGCAGGAAGAACGUAAGCACCCGCCCCUUGUCAAUCAGUCACCAUAUAAUUUUGGAUUGGUUGUUGUGGUGAAGUUUUCCACCAAUAGGAGAGAUGUUGUGGUGUGUUUUUUUUUUUCUUUUGGCAAGCCUUUUCCGCCUGUAAGACCUGUCGCUAAUGUCUGCAUGCUAUGUUUUCCUGUCUCAUACAGCGCGAUCGAGCGCCGAACGUGAUCAAAAUAAGCAGAAAAAAAGUAUCGCGGACAUAAUUUAUCAUAACUCUGGUUUUAUUUGGCCUAUCAACACAAUUUAAAAAAUGGUAUAUAGGUUGAGGUCCUCACUUUUGAGAUAAGUUGAAACGGAGAGUCAACGAGGCUCCGUCUUGCAGCUACAUCCGGUUAAAUAUGUCAUGUGACUUGAACGCACACACAGACACACACACACGCACACACACACACACACACACACUCAGAGUCUGGUUUUUAGCACCUGCAAAAACAUGCUAUUUACAUAUUUGACAAGAAUGCAGAGGCUCCUUUUGCCCCUGAAAAAAAAUCAAAUUUCAAACACAACUUGACUGCUCAAUUCUCCAAAAGACAACCAUGAAGCUCCAUCCAAACCUGAAGCAGGCAGUUGGUGCAUGUGUACAGUAACCUGAGGGGAGUGAGGUGAGUGCUUCUGAGGAGAACAUGAGCAGUGAAGAUUCACCUUGGAGCUAGAACAGAGACAUGCACAUGAUUAUACAGGGGCAGGGGCUCAAGUUUUUUCCAGUCGUUUAUACAAUAUGGAAAUUAAUGUGAAAUUAAAACACAAAGUAUUAAUAGAAAGGUUAUGACUGUCCUGUGUAGGUGACAGUGAUAUCCAAUAGGCUAGGCACUCACGAGGCUGGCUGUGGCAAGUGUAAGUGAAAGCAACACGCACUGGCAAGAAGAACAGCAAACGCCGAUGAAGGAAAAGGGUCUUUGCAGUGAUGGGCGUUACCAGAGAGGGCGAUGGCCAGAGGACACAAAUGGGACGGGGAGGCAGCACGUUGGGGGGGGGACGCGACACGGCUCGGGCCCGCCAGUGCCCCAACGGGGUCCUAGUUAGGGCCCGAGCGUAGCUGCUAAGCAGCUGCGAGAGCCCUAUUAUUCCCCAAGUGGUUUUUCUUUGUUUCUUUUUUCUUUUUCCUCCCCUUUGAACUGGAAAAUGGCCCACUUCCCACUGGCGAAGGUGAAAAAUUCACCUGACGCCUGUACGCUUUGUCAAAAUGACACAAAAAUUGACACACACAUGUAUCUCAAUAAGAUCUACAAAAAAGUCAGUGCGGGCGUAUCUGUCAAAUGUACGGUUAAAGGGUUAUUGCGCAUUUUUUGCCGAUCCGCACACAUUGGAAUUUCGCUAACUCCUCCGAAGGCUUUCGUUCCACCGGCACCACAUUUGCUCAGGCCAAUCUACACCCCAUGGCCAUUAAAAGUUAUUCAAAUCAUGACGCUGCACCCCACGGUUUAGGUUCUAGGGGGCGCCAAAGAUAACCCUAAAAUCCACAUAUUUCAAAGUCUUAUAACUUUUUAUUUUUGCCCUCACUGGCCUCCAAGUUUUCUAGGAUGAUGCAAUGUCCAGCCAUCGACACAUUUGUGAAGGAAUUUUUACUCCCCAAAAGAGCGCCCCCCCAUGGCAGGAGAAAAAAGUCAAUUUUUUCUUGUCCCAUAAGGUGAAAAUUCACACUAUUGACUGUCACGCCUGUACGCUUUGUCAAAAUUACACAAAAAUUGACACACACAUGUAUCUCAAUAAGAUCUACAAAAAAGUCAGUGCUAGCGUAUCUGUCAAAUGUACGGUUAAAGGGUUAUUGCGCAUUUUUUGCCGAUCCGCACACAUUGGAAUUUCGCUAACUCCUCCGAAGGCUUUCGUUCCACCGGCACCACAUUUGCUCAGGCCAAUCUACACCCCAUGGCCAUUAAAAGUUAUUCAAAUCAUGACGCUGCACCCCACUGUUUAGGUUCUAGGGGGCGCCAAAGAUAACCCUAAAAUCCACAUAUUUAAAAGUCUUAUAACUUUUUAUUUUUGUCCUCUCUGGCCUCCAAGUUUUCUAGGAUGAUGCAAUGUCCAGCCAUCAACACAUUUGUGAAGGAAUUUUUACUCCCCAAAAGAGCGCCCCCCCAUGGCAGGAGAAAAAAGUCCAUUUUUUCUUGUCCCAUAAGGUGAAAAUACACAUUGUUGACUGUCAUACCUGUAUGCUUUGUCAUAUUGACACAAAAUCUGACACACACAUGUAUCUCAAUAAGAUCUACGAAAAAGUCAAUGCGCGCGUAUCUGUAAAAUGUACGGUUAAAGGGCUAUUUUGCAUUUUUUGCCGAUUAGCACACAUUGGAAUGUGGCUAACUCCUCCUAAGGCUUUCGUCCCACUGACACCAAAUUUGCUCAGGCCAAUCUACACCCCAUGGCCAUUCAAAGUUUUAAAAAUCAUGAUGCUGCACCCCACGGUUUACGUUCUAGGGGGCGCCAAAGAUGACCCAAAUAUCCACAUUCUUAAAAGAAUCCACAUUCCCCCCCCCCCCCCCAUCCCCCAUCCCCCAUCCCCCAUGGCAGGAGAAACAGUCAAGUUUUUCCUGCCCAUCACUCAAUGGCUCAAUCGCAUCGCUCUCCCGGCAACACCGUAAUGAGGAGCAACUUGCCGUUUGGAUAUAUCCUAGCUGUGUUUGUGCCCUCACUCAUGGUCCAGACUUUUUUCAAAUAGGACAUGUAGUUUGUCUGCAGUGAGUGUUUUGGUAGAAACUGCGCCUCCCAUUCAUUAUAAUGGGAAAUGACCACAGACAAGUGCGCACACCAUCUUUGGACCUUGAGUGUGACGCGAUCGGGAGGGGGAGGCGGUCGCACUGGGGGCGGCGCAACGCGGCUCGGGCCCGACAGUGCCCCACCGGGGCCCUAGUUAUUAUUUUUCCUCCCCUUUGAACUGGAAAAUGGCCCACUUCCCACUGGCGAAAACUCAUGAAAUUUGGCAGGACGACCGGGCCUGGUGAAAAAUUUGAUAUUCCGAAGUCGCCCAAACAAGAAAAUGCAAAAUGGCUCCAUAGCGCCCCCUAAGGUGAAAAUUCACACUAUUGACUGUCACGCGUGUACGCUUUGUCAAAAUGACACAAAAAUUGACACACACAUGUAUCUCAAUAAGAUCUACAAAAAAGUCAGUGCGGGCGUAUCUGUCAAAUGUACGGUUAAAGGGUUAUUUCGCAUUUUUUGCCGAUCCGCACACAUUGGAAUUUCGCUAACUCCUCCGAAGGCUUUCGUUCCACCGGCACCACAUUUGCUCAGGCCAAUCUACACCCCAUGGCCAUUAAAAGUUAUUCAAAUCAUGACGCUGCACCCCACGGUUUAGGUUCUAGGGGGCGCCAAAGAUAACCCUAAGAUCCACAUAUUUAAAAGUCUUAUAACUUUUUAUUUUUGCCCUCACUGGCCUCCAAGUUUUCUAGGAUGAUGCAAUGUCCAGCCAUCAACACAUUUGUGAAGGAAUUUUUACUCCCCAAAAGAGCGCCCCCCAUGGCAGGAGAAAAAAGUCCAUUUUUUCUUGUCCCCUAAGGUGAAAAUACACAUUGUUGAGUGUAACACCUGUAUGCUUUGGCAAAAUGACACAAAAAUUGACACACACAUGUAUCUCAAUAAGAUCUACGAAAAAGUCAAUGCGCGCGUAUCUGUCAAAUGUACGGUUAAAGGGUUAUUCCGCAUUUUUUGCCGAUCCGCACACAUUGGAAUUUCGCUAACUCCUCCGAAGGCUUUCGUUCCACCGGCACCACAUUUGCUCAGGCCAAUCUACACCCCAUGGCCAUUAAAAGUUAUUCAAAUCAUGACGCUGCACCCCACGGUUUAGGUUCUAGGGGGCGCCAAAGAUAACCCUAAAAUCCACAUAUUUAAAAGUCUUAUAACUUUUUAUUUUUGUCCUCACUGGCCUCCAAGUUGUCUAGGACGAUGCAAUGUCCAGCCAUCAACACAUUUGUGAAGGAAUUUUUACUCCCCAAAAGAGCGCCCCCCCAUGGCAGGAGAAAAAAGUCAAUUUUUUCUUGUCCCCUGAGGUGGAAAUUCACACUAUUGACUGUCACGCCUGUACGCUUUAUCAUAUUGACACAAAAAUUGACACACAUAUGUAUCUCAAUAAGAUCUACAAAAAAGUCAAUGCGCGCGUAUCUGUCAAAUGUACGGUUAAAGGGCUAUUUUGCAUUUUUUGCCGAUUCGCACACAUUGGAAUGUGGCUAACUCCUCCUAAGGCUUUCGUCCCACUGACACCAAAUUUGCUCAGGCCAAUCUACACCCCAUGGCCAUUCAAAGUUGUAAAAAUCAUGAUGCUGCACCCCACGGUUUAGGUUCUAGGGGGCGCCAAAGAUAACCGUAAAAUCCACAUAUUUAAAAGUCUUAUAACUUUUUAUUUUUGCCCUCACUGGCCUCCAAGUUUUCUAGGAUGAUGCAAUGUCCAGCCAUCAACACAUUUGUGAAGGAAUUUUUACUCCCCAAAAGAGCGCCCCCCCAUGGCAGGAGAAAAAAGUCCAUUUUUUCUUGUCCCCUAAGGUGAAAAUACACAUUGUUGAGUGUAACACCUGUACGCUUUGGCAAAAUGACACAAAAAUUGACACACACAUGUAUCUCAAUAAGAUCUACGAAAAAGUCAAUGCGCGCGUAUCUGUCAAAUGUACGGUUAAAGGGUUAUUUCGCAUUUUUUGCCGAUCCGCACACAUUGGAAUUUCGCUAACUCCUCCGAAGGCUUUCGUUCCACCGGCACCACAUUUGCUCAGGCCAAUCUACACCCCAUGGCCAUUAAAAGUUAUUCAAAUCAUGAUGCUGCACCCCACGGUUUAGGUUCUAGGGGGCGCCAAAGAUAACCCUAAGAUCCACAUAUUUAAAAGUCUUAUAACUUUUUAUUUUUGCCCUCACUGGCCUCCAAGUUUUCUAGGAUGAUGCAAUGUCCAGCCAUCAACACAUUUGUGAAGGAAUUUUUACUCCCCAAAAGAGCGCCCCCCCAUGGCAGGAGAAAAAAGUCCAUUUUUUCUUGUCCCCUAAGGUGAAAAUACACAUUGUUGAGUGUAACACCUGUAUGCUUUGGCAAAAUGACACAAAAAUUGACACACACAUGUAUCUCAAUAAGAUCUACGAAAAAGUCAAUGCGCGCGUAUCUGUCAAAUGUACGGUUAAAGGGUUAUUCCGCAUUUUUUGCCGAUCCGCACACAUUGGAAUUUCGCUAACUCCUCCGAAGGCUUUCGUUCCACCGGCACCACAUUUGCUCAGGCCAAUCUACACCCCAUGGCCAUUAAAAGUUAUUCAAAUCAUGACGCUGCACCCCACGGUUUAGGUUCUAGGGGGCGCCAAAGAUAACCCUAAAAUCCACAUAUUUAAAAGUCUUAUAACUUUUUAUUUUUGUCCUCACUGGCCUCCAAGUUUUCUAGGAUGAUGCAAUGUCCAGCCAUCAACACAUUUGUGAAGGAAUUUUUACUCCCCAAAAGAGCGCCCCCCCAUGGCAGGAGAAAAAAGUCAAUUUUUUCUUGUCCCCUGAGGUGGAAAUUCACACUAUUGACUGUCACGCCUGUACGCUUUAUCAUAUUGACACAAAAAUUGACACACAUAUGUAUCUCAAUAAGAUCUACAAAAAAGUCAAUGCGCGCGUAUCUGUCAAAUGUACGGUUAAAGGGCUAUUUUGCAUUUUUUGCCGAUUCGCACACAUUGGAAUGUGGCUAACUCCUCCUAAGGCUUUCGUCCCACUGACACCAAAUUUGCUCAGGCCAAUCUACACCCCAUGGCCAUUCAAAGUUGUAAAAAUCAUGAUGCUGCACCCCACGGUUUAGGUUCUAGGGGGCGCCAAAGAUAACCGUAAAAUCCACAUAUUUAAAAGUCUUAUAACUUUUUAUUUUUGCCCUCACUGGCCUCCAAGUUUUCUAGGAUGAUGCAAUGUCCAGCCAUCAACACAUUUGUGAAGGAAUUUUUACUCCCCAAAAGAGCGCCCCCCCAUGGCAGGAGAAAAAAGUCCAUUUUUUCUUGUCCCCUAAGGUGAAAAUACACAUUGUUGAGUGUAACACCUGUACGCUUUGGCAAAAUGACACAAAAAUUGACACACACAUGUAUCUCAAUAAGAUCUACGAAAAAGUCAAUGCGCGCGUAUCUGUCAAAUGUACGGUUAAAGGGUUAUUCCGCAUUUUUUGCCGAUCCGCACACAUUGGAAUUUCGCUAACUCCUCCGAAGGCUUUCGUUCCACCGGCACCACAUUUGCUCAGGCCAAUCUACACCCCAUGGCCAUUAAAAGUUAUUCAAAUCAUGACGCUGCACCCCACGGUUUAGGUUCUAGGGGGAGCCAAAGAUAACCGUAAAAUCCACAUAUUUAAAAGUCUUAUAACUUUUUAUUUUUGUCCCCACUGGCCUCCAAGUUUUCUAGGAUGAUGCAAUGUCCAGCCAUCAACACAUUUGUGAAGGAAUUUUUACUCGCCAAAAGAGCGCCCCCCCAUGGCAGGAGAAAAAAGUCAAUUUUUUCUUGUCCACUAAGGUGAAAAUACACAUUGUUGAGUGCUACGCCUGUAUGUUUUGUCGUAUUGACACAAAAUUUUACAUACACGUGUAUUUCAAUAAGAUCUUCGAAAAAGUCAAUGGCCACGUAUCUGUAAAAUGUACGGUUAAAGGGUUAUUUCGCAUUUUUUGCAGAUUCGCACACAUUGGAAUUUCGCUAAUUCCUCCGAAGGCUUUCGUUCCACCGGCACCACAUUUGCUCAGGCCAAUCUACACCCCAUGGCCAUUAAAAGUUAUUCAAAUCAUGACGCUGCACCCCACGGUUUAGGUUCUAGGGGGCGCCAAAUAUAACGCUAAAAUCCACAUAUUUAAAAGUCUUAUAACUUUUUAUUUUUGUCCUCACUGGCCUCCAUGUUUUCUAGGAUGAUGCAAUGUCCAGCCAUCAACACAUUUGUGAAGGAGUUUUUUCUCUUUAAAAGAGCGCCCCCCAUGGCAGGAGAAUAAAGUCAAGUUUUUCCUGUUCAUCAUUCAAUGGCUCAAACGCACUGCUCUCUCGGCAAAAGCGAAAGGAGGAGCAACUUGCCAUUUGGAUAUAUCUUAGCUGUGUUUGUGCCCUCACUCAUGGUCCAGACUUUUUUCAAAUAGGACAUGGAGUUUUUCUGCAGCGAGCGUUUUGGUAGAAACUGCGCCUCCCGUUCAUUAUAAUGGUAAAUGACCACAAACAAGUGCGCACACCAUCUUUGGACCUUGAGUGUGACGCGAUCGGGUGGGGGAGGCGGUCGCGCUGGGGGCGGCGUGACACGGCUCGGGCCCGCCAGUGCCCCAACGGGGCCCUAGUAUUUUUUUGUUGUUGGGUAAACUGUCAAUUUAAACUCUGAAUAAGUUUUUAUCAGAGGAAAACACACCAGCUUCCUGAAGAAGAGUCAAACAUUUACUACAGAUGUUACUGAAUGGAAGAAAGCAAAUAAAUAUUGGCACAUGGUACAUGUGGUGUAUCUAGCCGUGACCUUUUUCCCAGUAACCUUUAUCAAGAUUACCUGUAAUCACAACAGUAAUCUUUCACUCAGUGUUUUAGGAUGUAAACUGUUGGAUUCUUAACAAAGUGUCCGAACUUUUCCAGAUCUUAAGAAAAUUCAGUUGUAAAUUAGCAGAAUUCACCAGUUACAUUUGGACAAGAGGAUGAGGCUUUGAAAAAAUAUAAAUGAUAAUCUGUUGUCUGUCUAUUAAGGUCAUGUCCUAAUUGUGUUUGCAGUGGUUUAUUUUGAUCUGAAAUAUUUUGUCUGAGUGCUCACAUGUCCCUCUCUGAUGCCGUGUUGUGUCUGUUCUCUGUGCCCACAGUUACGACAUGGUUCACUACGGUCACUCCAACCAGCUGCGGCAGGCCAAAGGCAUGGGAGAUUACCUCAUAGUCGGAGUUCAUACGGAUGGUAAGCCCGCCAAACACAAACACAUCCCAGUGCGAAUACAGCUGUUAACCCCAGACUGUCAGUCCCAUCGCUCUGAACGACUACUCUGGCUGUCUGAAAACAACAACAUAAAUUAGUUUCAAACACAAUUUGAUUGGUUGAUUAAAAAAAGGAAGCUAAGCAUUCUGUUAGGCCAAAAUGAUAAUCACGAUUAUUUUGAUCAAUAUUGUAAUAAUGGUUAUUAAUCAGGAUUAUCCAUCCUGUUAGGGAAAACGUCUGUAUUUUUAGUGCACUACUUUUGAGAAAACAAUGUAUGAAAAGUUUUAAAUGCAAAAUGAAACUUUAAAUGAUAAUGAAUGAUAAGUAAUAGAAAAAUAAAAUUACUUCUAUUAUUACCCUAUUAUUCAAGCAGCUUUAUGAAGCCUCAACCAUAAGUUCGCCCCCUUGUGGUUGGCUGACUUACUGGUUGGGAAAAUGCUUGAUUGGAUAAGCAGCAGAGCCCACGUUUUAAAUGUGAAUAUUAGGGCUGUCCCAAUACGAUGUGGAUAUCAGAUAUUGGUCUGAUAUCAGCCAAAAAGCAAAUAUCGGAUCAUAUCGGCCUGCAUCUAAAAUCUCUGAUAUCAGCACUCCGAUACAAGCAGUCCAUUCCAGACUCCACUCCGGCACCUUGAGCUAGCCACACCCAGAUCCAGCAUGUAGAGCCCAUGUGAUCACAACAACAGUGUGUACUAAGGUACUAACAAAGUAGCAAGGAGUAGCAGUGAUGUCGGCUGUCUGCAGUAUUUUUCGUUAAAGUCCGAAAAAGACGUUGCAGCUGAGUGCAAAAUUUGUCAUGCACAAGUUUGUGCCAAUAUAGGAUCAAUAUUGGUAUUGGCUAAUACUGAAGGCUACAAUAUCGGUAUCAAAUUGGAAGUAAAAAAGUUGUAUCUGGACACCCCUAGUAAAUAUCGCCGACCAUAAAAUUACUUUAAUUGCGGCAGCCAAAGUUGGGAUCAUGAUAAAAGUUUGGUUUAUUGUGCAGCCUUACUAAGCAGAGAUAGAGUUGUUAGAAUAUCCGCUCUGUAAAAAACAUUGAGGAGUCUUUUAGUGAUGUUCGUGAUGUCCCCAUCAUUGACAAUAUGUCCCCUUUGACUUUCCUUAAAGCUGAGAUUUCCAAGCACAAAGGCCCCCCUGUCUUCACCCAGGAAGAACGAUACAAGAUGGUGCGAGCCAUCAAGUGGGUGGAUGAGAUCGUGGAGGGAGCACCCUACGUCACCACGCUGGAGACUCUGGACAAAUACAACUGUGACUUCUGUGUUCAUGGAGGUGAGCCGGCUGAGGGCAGCUCUCUGACUCCUAUCUGUGUUCUUCAGCAACAAGCCUGCAGAUGUGAUCGUAAACUGACGUCUUUGUUUCUGUUUACAAGAUGACAUCACGUUGACGGUCGACGGCAAGGACACGUACGCGGAGGUGAAGCGGGAGGGACGUUACCGGGAGUGUAGACGCACACAGGGCGUCUCCACCACUGACCUUGUGGGACGGAUGCUUCUCAUGACCAAAGCUCAUCACAGCAACAUGGUGAGGGAAGCUGCUGUUGCAUCAAGGUUUAACCCUUCGCAGCUCUUUAGAUUGAGGCAUCUGCAGUCUGGUGCUCCAUUUACAUCUCUAACCAUCAUGACUGUGCAUGCCGAUAUUUUCAAGGGGGUGCAUUCCAAGUUUUGCAGCCGUAUGUGUAGAUCUUGUAGCUAUAUGGCAACCCUAAAUGUGACACAUCUUCUACCCUAAAUACUUAUUAGUCUAUAAUAAAGUAUAUGGUUUGAUCUUUUUCUCUCUGAUCAUUUCUGAAGGAUACCCCAGAUUACCAGCAGCAUACAGACAACUUUGGAAAAGUGAGUACUACAUUUUUAUUUUCUUCCUUUAAAUAUUGUCACCUCAGUAAAUCGGAAAAGUCUCUGAAAAAUAGCCUUUUCCACAUUUUCUCAGUGUAAUAUUGUGUCUCUGUGUCUCUCUCGGCAUCAAGGGUCCUAAAGGUCACAGUCCCUGGACAGGAGUGUCUCAGUUCCUCCAGACGUCUCAGAAGAUCAUCCAGUUUGCCUCAGGAAAGGAGCCUCAGCCUGGAGACACCAUCAUCUAUGUGGCUGGCGCGUUCGACCUGUUCCGUAUCCUUAUCAUGUCGAGAUAACAGAUCUGAGUCAUGAUCCCUGUGAGAUUACCUCUCUUCAUUUUGUUGUUAUCGCAACCUUGACCGCUUAUUCCUGCAGAUAUCGGGCAUGUCGACUUCUUAGAGAUGGUUUAUAAGCAGGCAGAGAGGCCCUACGUCAUUGUGGGUCUGCACUUUGACCAGGUACACACAUUUACAGGUUCACACUCAGAUAUGCACAACAGGGUACCUCUCCUUACUGAGUCAGCAGUUUACAAGUAAACACCUGAGAGCAGCAAAGACAGAGACCGCGAGGUGUCUUUAUAGUUCAGGUGGUUAUAAAGAUAGAGCAGAAAUGUCCUGUAACCUGUCUUUGUGUGGCCUGAAUAAAAGAAGUCAUAAAAGUAUCAAUAAUGUAUUUAUUUAUCCUCCUCAGGAAGUGAACCGGUACAAGGGGAAGAAUUAUCCAAUCAUGAACAUUCACGAGAGGACGCUGAGUGUCCUGGCGUGUCGGGUGAGUCCUCUCAGACCUUUAACCGUUCGGCACAGUGGGAUGGAUGUCUGUGGUGAAAGCUCACAGAGCUGAAGCCUGAACUCAACUCUGUUCCCUCCAUUCCUGCUGUUCAGCUGUCUGAACAAACAGUCUCUGCCCCCCUCCACCUUCUCUCUGUGCUGUGUGUUUGUCUUUUAAGUGGAAUUUCUGAGAAUGUGUAGAAAAACAAACAAGCCUCCAAACACGAAACAUCGCCGUACUCUUUGCAGAUUUUUUGCAGAUCAGCUCGAUUCUUGAACUCUGUCGUGUCCAAAAUGUCAAUCAAACUCUGGAAUUCAAACACAAACGCACUUACUAGUGUGAAGCAUGUGGGUGUGAAAAGCUCAUUACAGAAAUCCUCUUAACACGUGAAUCUUAUUAUUCUCACCAUUAUUCUCUCUUUUUUUUGUUUCUUUACAGUAUGUGUCAGAGGUGGUGAUUGGGGCACCCUAUGCUGUGGGUAAAGACCUGCUGGAUCACUUUAAGGUGAGUUUUGUCUUUAUCAGAUGGGAAAACUAAAGGGGGACAAGAAAUGAGGGGAGUAGAGGGAGAAAUGUAGAGGGAUUGUGGUCAGGAGUUGAGACCAGUGACCGCUGUUAUGAGGACUUCUGUAUAACCACCAAACCAACACCCACAUAUUCUUCUUUUCCUAUCAUGUGUUUGUUAUUAUUAUUAUUAUUUUUUUUAACCCUGAUUCAAACAGGAUUCAUAUGUUCAGUUCCAGAUUUAUAAGGUUUAUAAGGUCUAAUAUUGAAACAUGUGGCGACCCCUUGUGGAGAGAAAGACUAACACCUUCUCUACUUGCAAACCAAUAACAUAUGAUAUACGUGACAAACAAAGCAAUAACACAGACUUUUCCUUUGUUUUGUUAGCCACAGCUGCAAAACACUGAAACAGUUUUUCCUCAUUUGAAGCCUAAAUGUGUCAUGAUCAUCUAUUAAAAGCAACAUGUCAGAUUAAUAUCGCGCUAAUUUGGCAAAACUAUAAGUAGACACAAGUUUAUGUAUAAUCCAAGACAUUUAAACUUACUGUGAUGUAUGAAACACUGAGGUCCUGAAGUGAAAAUAAUGUAAUAUAAUGUUCUGUAUUUUCCUGUUUGCCUAACAUUAUUAUGCCUUUCUGCAACUGUGCAGGUGGACCUUGUGUGUCAUGGUAAAACAGAAGUGUUUCCAGACAAGGACAGCUCAGACCCGUAUGCUGUGAGUACAGCCUCAUCUCUCUGUCUAAGUCCAGCACAACAGCACAGCUGUACUGAAUUUGUACGUCACUUAAGCUGAUGUAUGAGAUUUAACAGGGAAAAACAAGCUAAAGAAAGAGGCUCUGUUUCACCAACUGAGUCUGAGAUAGGUCCCGCGACUCUGUAAUCAUAUCAGGUUGGCUUGGUCGGGGAACAUGUGAACUAGAUGGGAGGUUAUGAUAAUGAGGAUCCUAAUAAAAGGAUUGUAAUUUGCAUAAUCACCUGGUCAUUGUUUAUACAGUUUCACUACCAAAAGGAGACAUUAACAAUAUGACACUAAGCGUAGAUUUAGAGGCGCCUUUAUUGAUUAAAAUUCAUUUUUUUAUGAGGUUAAAUUAAGAUCCCUCCUCUCUAGAUCCUUGUGUGUGGUGUACUGACACUGAUGUACGUCACCUAUAACAAUGGCGUUUACUUUGUGAUAUUUCUUCAACUGUAGCUAGAAAAUCGUCCCUCUGAUUCCACGGUUGGUGAUGCUGCUGAUCACUCUCCUUGUAUUUGGGAUUGAUACUAAACUGAAUAUUUCAGGUCUCAUACAUAAACGAUGACAGAUGUGUCAAUACGGUCUUCUGUGAUUUGGUUCAAGGGUGGAGUCUUUUAUUCUUCAGGCUUCCACUUCUACUUCUACUUGUUUCGAUUAAAGUAUUUGUGUUCUGUUCUCAGGAGCCCAAGAAGAGAGGAAUUUUCAGGACCAUCGACAGCGGGAAUAAUCUCACCACUGAUGACAUCGUCCAGAGAAUCAUCGCUAACAGGUCAGGGACUCCCCGAUUCUCUUUAUAACUCGAGAUUUUUGCAUCUCAUUUUGUGGGUUUAACAACUCCUCCUUGUUUUUUUAGGCUGCAGUUUGAGGCCAGAAACCAAAAGAAAGAGGCCAAGGAGAUGGCAGUGAUCGAGGCGAUGAAGAAGAAGGAGCAGCAGGAUCAAAGUGAGGCAGCAGCCGAGGCUGCUCACUAGUAACACCUCAGGACUGAUUCUGUAUCUACUCAGCUUCAGGGGCUGGACUCUGAGGAAGGGGGUCAUGUCAGUGAAUAGUCGGCCUGCUUUGCUAAUAAAGCCGGCUGGUCCCUGUAAGUCCACUAGGUACAGAAUCCUGUUUGAAUGUUUGGUGAAACAGUGUGUGUGAGAUGUGUACACAUUGUUGUGUUAGCGUCUUUAUCUGUGCAGACCUCUUAAUGGGAUUAGAUCAGAUCUGCACAGACACAAACACCUGACACAACUCACCCUGCUGCCCCUUAAAACCCCCUCUGAGAACUUUUUAAUGUCUCCUUUUCUUAUGUAUAGUUUUUAUCCAAAAAUUACACACUACCUGUCUCAAAGUGUAAAAGUGUCGUAUUAAAGACCCACUCCGAUGAAAAUCCUGUUUUUCUUGUUGUCUACAUGUUCAUACGGCAUUUUUCUGAUGCUACAGGACAUAUCAUAAGAAAACUAUUUCUGCAUGUAAAUCGUACUGAAUCUCUGGCAGACCCGAAUGGCAGGCUCAGAUACAGGGAGAUUUCCUAUGUCACAAAUCCAAGCUCCGCCCCCAGAGCCCUGCUAUGCAGACCACACUCUGAAAAGUAGAGAGGGCGAUAGUGGAACAAGCAUGUAUGUGUUAGCGGAUUGCAAUGUUUGUAAGAAAGCUAAUAAUUAUAUUAACUUUCAUCAUGUCCCAAAGACAAUAGUGACCGAGAGCUGAAUAGCUCCUGUGUAACCUGCCAUUUCUACUAUGCCGGCAAUGUUAGGCGUCAAGCUAGCGAGAAGAAGAGUGUGCAGCACAGCGCUAUCUCCGCCCACAAUUCGCAGGUGAAUUGCUAAUGAGCUACUGGAGCUCUGCAGAAGAAAGACAAUGACACAGGUAAUGUGAGUUUGGCUAAAACUCCAUAAUUGAAACUUAAAAUACCACUGAUAACACUUUAAAUAGUAGUAAAAAAAAGAUCGGAGUGGGACUUUACGUUUUAAACAAGCCAUAACUUAUUCAUACAUAUUUGUUUUUGUGAGUUUUGUCUUUCAGUUUUAAACCUCAACAGUUUUUAAUGAUCAGUGUCUGCAGCGUCCUCAUAAAGCAUGAAUGUGGUCUAUUUUUCACAAACUUUCAAAAUGUACAUUUGUUUAAACUUUUUAAAGCCACUAUGAAUUUAUUCUUUCUGAAAAACGUACUACUCUAUCAAAUGAUCUGUGAUGCACUCUGAUUGUAACUGCAGAUUUUUAGCCAUUUCUGAAUUUGUGUGAAUGUCUGUGCGUGAGAGAGAGAGAGAGGUUAGUGAGUGUGUUUGUGCUUGUAAAUGACAAUAGUGCCUCAUUCCUAAAGUUGUAACGAAUCUAAGGGCUUUAGCUUGUGGUCUCAAUAAUAUCGCCAUAAAUAUGUCCUUCUUUAUCCAGUCUACUUUCAGAGAUACUUUAAAAACUAGUAUGUCCUCUUUUCUCCUGUUUUAAAGACAAUCCAACAGCUGAUAUAGUUGGGACCCAGUUUUAAUGUCAAACUAUGUAUGCAAACUAUUAUCGCUUCUGUAUGGGGCAAAUGGUUGUUGAUGUGAGACUGUGCGUUUCUCUGUGUGUACAGAAUGGUGGCAGAUUCAGUAAUAAUAAAUAAAUAACUUUCUUGAUAUUAAAGUUAGGGAUUUUCAACUUCUGAAUUACUGUAUUACUACUGUGUGAAUCUCUUUUCAUAAAUAAACAGCUCAUAUUGCAAAGCACCCUC